AUGAGCUUACCGCAGAAGGCGGCCCUCAAGCCCGGCGCGGCGGCGGUGGCGGCGGCGGCGGGAGCGGCCACGACCACGGGGACCCCCUCUGGUGGAGGGGUAGGGCCCGGAGGGCCGCCGCCUCCCGCUGCUGCUCCUGCCCCGCCGCCGCCUCCAGCAGCAGCGGCAGCAACCGGGCCGCCGCCGCCGCCGCCGUCCCCUGCUGCGGCUGCUGCCGCCGCUGCCGCUGCACCGGCUGUAGGAGCGGCGACGGCGCCUCCUCACCCCGCCAGCAUCAGGGCUCUCCAGACACAGCCGCCCCAGCAGUAUCCUUUGGCACCCAUGGAGGGGCAUGCAUCGCUUCUCCAUCCACCCGUCCAUCCUCCCUUCCCCACCCCCAAUGAGGGGCACGCGUGUAGCCAGGAGGAACGUGUGGACUUAGGAGGGGGGGAAUAUCUGUGUGGCAGCCAUGUAAAAACGGGUCCACUUUCUGGAGGAUCGUCUGAAUGUAUGGUGUCCUCUCUCUGGGAAUGUGUGGAUUUAUGAGGGGACAAAAAGGGGUAGGUGUGUCAUCUUUUGAGGAACCCGUGUGUAGCCAGGAGGACUUUGCCGUCUGUGGGGGAAUGUGUGGAUUUAGGGACUUGGAAGCGAGGAACGGGUGUAGCCUGGGUGUGUGUGUAUGUUUCAUAUAUGGAGAGCUUGAACUUAUUUCGUGUAGAUGGAAGGAAAAAAGGAACAGGAGCAUCUCCUCUAAGGGGACGUCAAGGAGCUGCUUCUAAAGAUGGAUGAGCGUGCAGGGGAAAGAAAAGGGGGCCCUAGAGAGAAUGUAGGGGGAAGGAGAUUAGAAUAAGGUGUGGGGAGGUCAGAUCUCCUCCCUUAAGGAUGGAGGCAGCAUGGAGUGGUUUGUGUGUGUGUUUCAGGGGUAGGUGGGGAGGAUGGAGCUGUCCAUCAGACAGUUUCAGGAUGAAUGUGUUGUGUGUACCUCAGAGGUGAACUGGGGGAAGGAGCAGGACCCAAACUUGUGUAGGCAAGAGGACAAACCUCUUCUCUACCGGAGGCCCCUCAGCAUAUGAAAUAUGGGUGGUGGGGGAUGAUAUUACACAUACCCACCCUCUUUAUUUCUCUGUUAGAAAGGAGGGUCCUCUCCCACACACUCUUGCCUGGCUGAGCCUCUCAGUGAAAGGGCCAGCAUUUUUUAUGUUCAAACAAAACAGGAAAAACAAAUGUCGAUGUCAUACAGGACUAAGGCAGCUAUACUACAGUUUCUCUUUCACUUUGUAAGAAAAGGAAGGGCUCUCUUGCCUAGAGAGGAGGCGAGUUUUGGGCAUGGCUCUUCCUCCAGAAGAGGAUCCAAGAGGGUUGGCUUGGAGGGGAAAGUAUCCUUGCUUUGUUUUUGAGGGAGACCAGUGUACAUGUCUGUGCGUUUUACAACAGGAAGGGGAGGUGGUGGAUGGUGGAUGGGUGGAAAGGGAAUCCCACCUGCCAGGAGUUGGGCCUGGUGCCUCUGUGUUUGUGCUGUAAUACUCCUUUUUAAUGCUGAAGAAGAGAGUUUGUUAUUCUUUGCACUUGCCAAAAAAGUGCAACUGUAAAUGUUGUUCCCCAAGUGUGCUUAUGCUGAGAUUAAGACCACAGUCCUUUGGAAUUUCGUGGUACGUACUUCUGAGUGUAGGCAUGCAUGGGAUUGGGUUAAAAGUCUGCUUGUUGGUUUUUAAAUAAGAAUUUGUUUGAUGUAAACUAUGAGCAGAUUUUUCAGUUUUGUUCUUCGAUUAUGAAUGUGAAGCUAGGAUAGAAUUUUUUUUAGGCAUUGUUCUCUGUAAAAUCUAGUUUUGGUGGGUUGGUGGAGUUGAUAAGUUUAUAUAAAAUGUGUCCAUUGAAAUGGCGACCCUUAGGAAAGAGCAUUUUUAACAAAAUGUGUUUAAUAUUUGCUGCUAGGACAGGAGUCUUAAGAGGUAAAUAUUGCAGGAAUUAGUUGAAAAGUGUGUGUAUUAGAAAGGAAGGUAUAUAAAUGAGAAAUGGGUGUGCAAUAGAAACAGCAUAUUAGCCUCUGCAUAGAAGGAUUUGUAUGCAUGUGUUAAAGGGGAGGGGUUUUUUGUAGACCAGUGAAAUUAGAUCUCUGGGAAUAUCAAAAUAUUUGAUGAAUUGGAGAAAACCUCAUCCUCUGGAUUAAUGCCUGUGGAUGGUGUCCAGAAGUGCUGGUUUUGCUUUGUCAGCAAGGUCAGCUGAUGGUUCAUAACAAAAGCAGAUUUUCUCUUUAUUGUAGGGACAGACUGUAACAGCUGUGAGAUAUUUACCUAGAACUUACUUCCCUUUCUGGCUUAUCUACUGCUGGUUGAGGUAGGCACGUCAGACCUUAUUAAAACCUGUAAUUCUGUUGGCUUGCUUAACUGGAUUUUUACUGAGUAUGGUGCUGAGUAUUGUCAAUUUAAUUUUAAUUCACGGAGUUCUUCAGAUUCUUGUGUGGUACAUAUAUAGUUUUACCAGUUCUCUUGUAUUAUUGGACAAAUUGUAAUACAGUAUGUGGAAACUUCUUUAAAAGACCACAUAGAGUAGCACUUGCCUUAAGUGUUGCUGCUUUGAGUUAAAUCAGGGCAAGUUUCUUAGUUUUGAGUGCCUUGCCAAGGAUUACAGUGGGAGUUUUGGCCUGCCUCAAGCAAUUGAAGUGUAUGCUGGAUUUGUUUUUGUCCAAUUUCUACUGGAUUCUCUGAGCGCACUUUGUGGCUGGAAUGCAACACCUUUAUGCCCAAUAGCUAUGGUAGUUAGCUUCUGCUUUCCUGGCUCUAGGGAUGAAGCAUGAACACACAAAACUUUCCAAAACCACUAUUUUCUUGUAGUGAGUAAAGUAUUAAAAGUGCAUUUUAAUUUUCCAACGUCUGUGAAUGUCAGCUUAGUGUGACUGGGGAAGCUGGCCCUAUUCUUUGCUGGAAAAUGCUUUCACUUGUAGUAAUUUUUAACCCUUAGCUCAGCUGUGCCCUCCAUCCAUGCAUACUGUCAUUGAAAGAAAAGGAGACCGGGUGCUUUUCUGGUCAUUUAAAGAGGUGGCAGGUUUGUGUAAAGAAACCUUUUGGAAAUGCAGUAGUGGUUUGUGUGGCAAAGUAUAGUUGAACCUUUAAGAACAGGAUAUAUAUUGUAAGAGGGAGCUGCUAAAAUAUUACAUAUACAUGUGUAUAUAUAAAGUAGCUCAGUUUGGGGACGGGCCUCAGCUCAGUGGUAGAGCAUCUGCUUUGCAUGCAGAAGGCCCCUGGUUCAAUCCCCAGUGGCAUCUCCAGGUAGGAUUGAAAAAGAUUCCCUGCCUGAAACCCUAGAGUCAAGUGCUAGAAAUUCGCUGGGUGCCAGGUGCAUUUUGCGACCAAUGCAACCUUGUUCAAGAUCUCUGGAUGCCAGGUUGGUGACUGACAAUCUCCAUCGGACUGCCCUGCCCCCACCUUUCCUAAGCAGGUAAGCAGAAGAGCUUAUUUACAACAUUUUUAAACCAUCUUUUCUUCUAAGGAGUACAUGACUCAGUUAAUCCCUGCAACGACCCAGUGAGGUAGGCUAAGAGGCUGUGGCUGGCCCAAGGUCACCCAGUGAGCUUCAUGACUGAAUGGGGAUUUGAACUCUGAUCUCCCAGGUCCUAGUCCGUCACUCUUAAUUGCUACACCGCACUGGCUUCCUAGAGUACUUCUGCUAUGGGCAGGUGUAUAAAUUAAGUAGGUAAAUAAAUAUGGGGAAAGCAAAAUGUCACUUAGAGAGGGAUCUGAACUAUUUUCCUUGAAUAUUUUCUUUUAUUUUGGAUUUUUUUAUUUGAUGUUUUAAUGUGUUGUAAAGUGCAUUGAGAUUUUUUUCCUUUAAAAUAUAAAGUGGUGUAGAAAUGCAAUGAAUAAUAAUUACUAUCAUAACAAUAAAAAAUAUAAUAAUAAGCACCACUGAGGGUGGGGAAUGGCGCUUAGGCAUUCCGUUGUGGCAACUGCAACCUAGAGUUAAAGUGCCAUUUGGUAAUAAGGUUAUGUAUCACUUCAGAGCUUCUGAGGUUUCUGCCUUAACGUUGAAAGAGGCUGAUUUGAGUUGAUGUGAUUUGACUUGUGAACAAAAAAACAAAUAUUAGAGUCUUUGCUCUGUUGUGAGUGCACUGUUAACCUCUAGGUUAGAUUACUGCAACAAGUUAUACAUGGGGCUAUCACUGAAGACAGUUCAAAAAAAGUCAGCUUGUGCAGAAUUCAGUGGCCAGGUACCUUAUCAGGGCAAGACAGUUUGAGCAUGUAACACAAAUCCUGAUCCGACUGCAUUGGCUGCCAGUUAGUUUCCGGGCCCAAUUCAAAGUGCUGGUUUUCACUUAUAAAGCCUUAAACAGCUCAGGACCAACAUUGUGCCCUCUAGAUGUUGAUAGACUACAACUCCCAUCAUCCCUGAUGGUUAAAAUGCUGGUCGCUGGAGCUGCUUGGAGUUAGAAUCCAAUGACAUUUGGAAUGCUUCUCUGCUUUAGAAGCAGAUAAUCCAUAUAUAAAAAUGAAGGACCUGGAAAAAGAAAGAAGCUAGUGGCCCCUGGCACAAGCCUCAUCUUUAAUCCCCAGUGCAAAAACAGUUGCCCAGCCCUGCAUUGGGGUGGUUGGAUAUUGGGAAAAUAAAUGUCCUGCAGGACAGGUGAGCUUUGAAAACUUACAUGAGAUGUGACCUUUAAGAGUCUUUUGAUGUGCAUUGAACUUGUGUAUCAGUAAAAGAAUCUGCUCCUAAUGUUAUCUCCUCCUGUUCCUUCCAGGCAAUUCAAAGGUUACCCCCUUUGAGCUUUUGGAUUCCAUUUAAAUCUUAGUGUUUAGAGCCUGCUGAGUGCAUGCAAAAUGAUACCUGAUGGACCUUAGGCAGCAACAGUUAGUUAACAGGUACAGAGACUCAGUUGAGGCAUAGCUCCAAGUUACGUUUUGUGAUAGUUUCAAACCCAAAGGAUGGUUUAGGUUCUAAGCAUGUAACAUACGCACUUUCUGCUUUGCUACUAGUGGGUGGGUGUGCCGCCCUACGUCUUGCUAUAACUGCCUUGGUAGCGUUAAUGAAAGGAACUUCUGCCCUGCAAAGCUUAUGAAGCAAACCCUCUGGAAGUUCUUUUCUUCUUGCACAUUUUGUCGCCUGACUUCCUCUUGGCCCUGAUCUCCUUCAUACAGUGCUAUUUUUCUAGAAAAAGAGGUGCUGGAAUUCAGCAUGAACACCUCCCUUGUUCUUUUAGAAUAGCAAUGGCUCCCACCUGAGAGGUGCUGGAACUGAGUUCCUGUGAGUUCCUUUGGAAAAAACACCCUGAUACAUUAGUUUGUCAGACUCAUAAGGGACCUUAAAUACCCAUAAUUGGAGCAGUGAAACCACACAGGGUUGUUGUUUUUUGUCCUGCAGUUCCUUGUGGUUGUGUUGUGAAGUUCUUCCUCACUGCUACGCAAACAUAGUCUUGUCUGAUGUGAAUGCCUUCAUUCCAAAGCAAAAUGGUGUGUUAGUUUAACUCUUCAAGGGAUAGUUCUAGCUUGGUUGGUCAGGAAACAUCUAGUUGUAAUAAAAAAGUACAGAUCUGCAGGAGUUGUGUUACCUUUCAGUCUUCCGUUAUAGCUUAAUGUCUGUGCAAGAGCGAAUGAGAAUUGGAGAAAGAAUGUAGUAGUAUAUCACUGAUUCCUCAGCUGUAAGUGGACACUAGUUAUGGGUCCACCUGUCGAAGUCACUUCCUAUUUCCCUAUCACCUAUUGUGGCCCCCAAGAAUUAUUUACUAGGAGAGUGGCAGUCCACCUGUAUUUUUUUCGUCAUCUGUUCACACACCUUCAGCUGUAGUUUGGGGAUUCCUGUUUUUCAUAUUCUUAACUGAUGGUGCUGAAUGUGGUUUCCCCAUGCUUUCUCUCUGCUAGAUGCUAGCAGUGGCUACUAGCCACAAUGUCUAUGUUCUCCUUCCACUGUCGGAAGCAGUAGGCCCCUGAAUUCCAGUUGCUAGGAAUCGCAAGUGGGGAGGUUGCUGCUGUUGUGCUCAGGCCCUGCUUGUGGGCUUCCCUUUGGGGCACCUGGUUAGCCACUCUUGAGAACAGGAGACUGGACCAGGAGGGCCCUGUUUGGCUUGACCCAGCUGCAUGGCUGUCCUUAAUGUUCUUAUGCUGAAAGUGAGCAGCAGAGCAACUCUGAAGAAAACUUCACCUGAAGAAAAAUGGCAAGAACACUGCGAGAUGGAAGUUAUCGCCACUUGCUCAUAUCCCCUCAACAUCCCAUCCCCAUGCUCAACAUGUCAGUUGCAGCAUGGUUGCCUUCAGCACCAUCACAAACAUUCUAGUUGCUUUGGGGAUUUUUGAUGGACUUGCUCUCAUGCCUUGUAUUGGCUUUGGUCUGAUUGUGGGGAUAGACUCUGAUCUGGAAAGCAUCAGUAAUUCUGUGGCCAUCUGGCUUGGGCAGAAAUCAAAGAUACAUUGUCACAGAGUUCCAGAGACCAUUUGCUUGGUCUCCUGAUUUAGUGGUUGAGGAUUUUUGAUGUCAUUUUUUCUUUUCUUUUGUAGUGCUUCUGCAUUUGCCAGCAGGCUGGAGCACUCCUGGAACUUCAGCCAUAUUGCAGAUAUAUGCCUUUGAGAAUAAGAGUUGUACCUUUCUCUCCCUGCUCACUUAUUGGGAAGAUCUCAUGGCUAGAGAGGGAGUAUUCUUUCUGAGUCCUGAAAUGAGAAUUAAAUUCUUCAAUUUGAGGUGGUUUUUGUAUGUUUGGGAGAGCCCAGGUUUUGCAUUCCCAAAUAAGCAACUGCUCUGUUAGCAUGAAGCUUAGGCUCAGACUGCAGCUUUGAGAAACUGAUCCUGUAAACAGCGGCUGCAUUGCUAAAUCAUUUCCUUCUGGGCAUGAUCCAUUUGCGCUUACAUGUUCUUCCCAUGGAUCUGCAUGGAUCUGUAUUAAUGACUUAUUUGGAAAGAAAAGCAGGGUUGGAGAAGGCCUCUUUUGCUGUAGCACUAAAUAUCUGAGGUGCAUUUUGAGCAUAAUCUUAUCAUCUUGAGACAUUUUUUCUCAUUAUUAUUACUACUAUUGCUAUUUAGAUUUAUAAAAAAAACUUCACAGCCAUAUGCUACCAAAGCAGUGUACAGUAAGAUAAAACAAGAUGAAAUACAAAAGAGACCGAUGCAAACUAAAAACAGUAAAGCUGUUUCUACAGUUGGACAAUUACUGUUCUAUAAAAUGGCUGUGCCACACUUCAGGGAAAGCCUUCUUAAGCAAAGAUGUCUAUAGUAGCUCCCUAAAUAUCAAGGUGCUCAGUGCCUGUUCGGUUUCAGUUCGUACUCAAACAUUUGGUUGAAUGUAAAGUAAUUUCUUGGACCAGUGUUAGAAACUCAGAUAUAUAAGCUAAUUGGCAAAUGGCACCUUAACUCUAGGUUGCAGUUGCCAAAACGGAAUGUCUAGGUGCCAUUUCCCCCCUAGUGGUGCUUAUUUUUAUAUUUGUUGUUAUUCAUUUCAUUUCUGUACCGCUUUAUAUUUUAAAGAAAAAACCUCAAAGCAGUUUACAACACAUUAAAGCAGGAUACAGUAUAAACCAAUCUGGAAUAAAAUUCAAGCUUCAAGGAAAAUAUAUUCAAAAAUAUUUUCCUUGAAGCUUAUUUUCCAAUUCAAGCUUCAAGGAAAAUAGUUCAGAUCCUUCUCUGAGUGACAUUUUGCUUUCCCCAUAUUUGUUUACCUACCUAGUUUACCCAGUAGCAGAAGUACUCUAGGAAACCAGUGUGGUGUAGCAGUUAGAGUGUCAGACUAGGACCUGGGAGAUCAGGGUUCAAAUCCCCACUCAGUCAAGAAGCUCACUGGAUGACCUUGGGCCAGUCACAGCCUCUUAACCUACCUCACAGGGUCAUUGUAGGGAUUAAUGGGGGGGGGGGAGAGGUGAACCAUGUGCUUACUGGAGAAAAGGAUGGGAUAUAAAUUUCAGUGAAUAAGCUCUUCUCCUUACCUGCUUAAGAAAGCUGGAGGGGUAAGCCAGAUGGAGAUGUCAGUCGCCAACCUGGGGUCCAGAGAUCUCCAUGUGGUCGCAAUUGGACCCACAACAGUUGCAAAACAGCCUAGUGCCUGGUGAAUUUCUAAUAAGGUGAGGGCGAAGUGGGAUUUAAACUGUAAUCUGAAUCUUAGGGUCAGGGUAGUAUUGGCAGUGUGAAGGGUAGGAGACUGGACUUGCACCUAAAAAGAACAUCAUUCCCUUGUGCUCAGCUUUACUUUUUAUUUUUAUUUUUUUGGUAGAAAAUGGGAGUUUUUUAGAAUUUCGUUUUCUGCUCUGAGGAGGAGUACAGAAGCAGCACGAUACAGGACUUGGGUACAGUUUGCAAAAUUAGAAAAUGAGUUAUUUGGAAAGCAUUGAUUGGAAGGCUGUGUUUACCCAAAUAACAUACAGUCCACCUUGAUGCAAGCCUUUAGUGUGAGGCAUUGAUCAACCAAGAGCAUGUCUUACAACUUCAACCAACAGAUCUCACAGUUACCACUUCAUGCCUUAGCUCUGAUGCAUUCUCUGCAUUCACUCUCCCAAGUGUUAAGAUCAGCAGAGGGGACUUUCUUUGUAGUUCCCCCAUCCACAUCCAUUUUGGGUGUAGCAACCCAAGAGAACACAUUCUCUGUGGCAUCCUCUAAGAUAUGGAAUUCCCUCUCCAUCAAGGUGUGCCUGGUUCCUUCAUUAUGUAGUUUUUGUCAUGUGUGAAGAUACACCUCUUUAUCUGGUCUUUGACACCAGAGAGAGAUUUUCAAGAACCUAUUCCUGUGACUAAUUUGUUCUAAACUUCUUUUAAUGCUGUAUUUUUAAAUAGGUUGGGACUUGCCUUGAAACCUCAUUAGAGGGUAACAACUCUAAUAAAUAAUGCUAAAAAUACUGGAGUGAAGAACUUCAAAAAGUUACCAUUAGAACCUGGCACAGUGGUCAUGUUUGAGAGUUAUACUAAGUCCACCACCCUCCAGUUAUUGUACUGGUCAGCAUGCCAAUAAUAAGGGAUGAUGGAAGCUGAAUUUCAAGAACACCUGGACAGCUACAAGUUGGAAGCAGUGUUCGAAACUCACAUUGUCCUAGGUGUAUUUUGCGACAAGGAAUUUCAUUAGCAUGAGCAGUUUCUGACUACACCUAAGACUGCACCUAAGAUUUCAGAUUAAAACUGCAGAGUGGAAGGAAGGGAGGACCUUUUUUCUGCCUCCCUACUUCCAGCUAUUCUCUGAAGACUGGAGAAAGACCCUCUUAAGAAUAUUAGGAGGGUGGGCAGGGGAAGGACUACACCAUGUGAAAAAUGAACAUAAUAUUUUAGCUUCAGUUCAUUCAUUUUCAGCUUUGUAUUAUUAUUUUUUCUUUAAAAAAAUUCCGUCGUUGUGCCCAUAACCUAGGUUUAAGGCGCCAUUUAGCUCCACCUUUCAUAUCUCAGUUUCUAACACUGGUUGCAAGAGCAUGUGAAUGAGCCAGAGGCUCACAUGCUCCCCAUUCCUCUUCCCACCCCCAUGUGGCCAAGAGGAGGCAUGCUUGAAACAAACCAUAGUUAACAUGAAGUCGAGUUUGUUUGUCUGUCUAGAGCAACAUCAGUUCAUAAGCAAAAGUGGAAGGGAAAAACCAUGUUGGACAAAGAGCAGCAGUGGAGCAUGUGAACCUGGAGGUCACUAAACUAUAGCUUGGCAUGAAGUCCAGAUGUGGCCAAUAGAUGUUUACAACUGCUGCUGAAGCCACAAGGCUGUGCCUUGAAAUGAACUGCAGUCACAUUCGUAACUGCCUUUGCCUAGCAUGCUCCUUUAUUUUAAGACCCAGGACAGUGGGGAACUUAUUAUUUUAGGUUUCAUUAUCAUUCUUAACUGAAGGUGUUAGUGGUGAGGUCAUGAAGAGAAAUUGUGGGGUGAAUUCAUAACCUUAAGCUCUUCUUAGGAUGGCCUGGGGUUAAGCCUCUCUUGGCUGUGAACAGAGCCUCUGGAAUGCAGUCAAAUAAUUGCAGGGACCUGGUUUUUUAAAUGGUACCCUUGGGCGUGAAUGCUAAUCAGAAGAAACUAGACUUACACGUUGCCUUUUGACAUUAUUUUGAAGCUAUUUCUUUGAGCUAGAAGGACUGGGUUUAUGUGGUGACACUCAGCGAUCUCAGUGUUUUGUUGUUUAAAGUAUUCUGGUCAGACUCAGUCUCUGUUAACACGACAAUUUGCUUCUAAAUGGCGCUUAACUCUUGGAGUCUUGCAUUAUGUAUUUUCACAAAUCUCUCCAGAAGGAGAUGAAGAAAACGUUCCCAGGUUAUGAAGAAAAGGUCAGGAUUGUACAUUUCCUGUCACUUGCUUUCCUCACUUUUCACUUUGUGGCUUGAUGCAGGAUAGGGCGUUCUGUCCCUGGAAUGUGAGCUCCCUAGCGGAACAAGAGCAAAAUGUGUUGGUUCUAUCAAGCUGUGCUUGUGAGUGGACAAUGCCUGCGUUUCUGGCUGCUUGGGAGGCCGUGUGAUGCUCAUGCAAGAGUCCUUUUCUGCCUGGCAGCUGAGGAGAUGUCCCCUGAAGAGCUGGCCCAGUGGGUCUCCCUCCCUGCCUCCCCUCCCUUUCUCCCUCAUUCUUUUUCUGCUCUGUGCUCUGCCAUUCAAAAGACUGGCAUUGACCAGGGAGACAAAGAGUUCUUUCAGGCCCUGAGCUUUUGUUAAUGCUCCCAAGUUUCCCUUCCCUGCUCCCUCCUCUGAUUGUUAAUGAAUGUUGCACAGUUGUAGCAAGAGUCAGGGGUAUAUUCCAUUCAUAUUUCUGCAUCCUUCUGGAGAGGAAGCGGUGCUCCUGAACAGAUAUUUGGCUGAUCUCGCCAUAACCAGGUCUAUGCCCUGAUCAGUAGUAAUCCUCCCCACGGAGGCAAGGUGCUUGCUGGUUUAAGUGACUUCCACUGGACAAUGUGCUUCUGCCCUUUCACAAUGGAUGAUGGGCUUGAAACGCUGUCAUUUUAAUUUUUGUGGGUAUAAAACCCACCCCAUCCCAGGGCUUCAUGGUAGCUGAGGAGUGACACUCCUUUGAGCCUUUGUAUCACAAGCCUUAAGUCUGGCAGACUUGAAUGGCAGAUAUCUCCACAAGCAGUGCUAGGAUCUUCUAAGUCAUUCUGAUAGGUCUGCUCCUUGUAGGCUUUUGCAGUACUAGGGUGGUGUAGCCAAGGUGGCCUGGCACUCUGAUUAUAUUAGUUUGAAUUGCUAAAUAGCAAAACAAUUUUGUGUGUGUGUGUGUGUGUUGAGUUCCCAUGUGUGCAUUUUGCCAUUUUUUGCUACUGUCCCUUUCCUCUUUGUCCUCAAGUAACAGAUUGCUGGUGAGUCAGCAACUAGCCCUAAUGGAUAUGCUUUACCUCCACUCUUGCAGGCAGCAUGUCUCUGAGUACCAUUUGCUGGGAAUCUCAAGUGGGGAGAGUGUUGCUGUUGUGUUCAGGUCUUGCUUGCAGGCUUCCCAUUGCGGUGUCUGGUAGGGGAUAGGAUGCUUGAUCGUUCGCUGGCCCGAUCUACUAGGUUGUUAUAUUCCUGUGGAAGAAUGCAGGGGCAUGAAUGAUGACACCCUCCAUCAGUUUAAUAAUUAAUUUUCUUUGCAUCUAAUUAAUAAACAGUACUAGAAUGUAGUUUAAUCUUUUAUGGCUGGCAGGUAUUUAAUGACUAGAAAUGAUUGCUAUGUGAAAAACAGUUCACUUUCUGCAAGGUGCCAUCUCUUUUUGAAUUCCCUGGUAUAGAAAUGAAAUCUCUUGUGCACAAUCCAGGAAGUGAAUUUAGCGUGGUAUUCCUGGCAUAGCAAGCCUUGUUAAGCAGGUGUGUGCCUGUUUUAAGCAAGAACUCUCCUAUCCUUUGACAAAAUAUGUUUCUCCCAGGCGUCAUCUGAAGUAACAUAGGAUCAGUGCAGGGGAGGUGCUGUUUGAAAGUGUAGCUGGGCCAGGUUCAAGGUUCUGGUUUUAGUAUAUAAAGCCCUGGGCAACUUAGGCCCACAAUACCUUAAGGACUGCCUUCCCCUAUACACCCCAGGUUGGUCACUGAGAUCUUCUGGAAGAAUGCUGUUAGUGGUCCCCCAUGGACCAGAAGCAUGACUCAUGACAGCAAGAAGCCACCUCUUCAGUAUUGUGGGCUGAGGUCGGUGUAACUCCCUCCCAAUAGAGGUCAAGGCAGCCACUGUCCCUGCUGAGUUUCUGGUGCCUGCUUAAAACCAUUUUAAUUUAAGAGGGUUUGCAUCAUCUGUUCCUUCUCUGGUGUUUAUUUGUUUAUAUUCUCAGGUUUUUAAAAUUCUGUUAUUUAAUGUAGGUAAACCCCAAUAUUUUCUAGUGCGAGGUGAACGGUUGCUAGUGGGAAGCAGGAAGUCCUCCUUCCUGCACUGACUCAAGUGUUUACCCACCCCUCUGUCUGGUAUGCUCCAGCAAUUGCGUUUCUCAGCUUACACCAGGAAGUUACCAUGGGCUAUGAACCCCAGUUUUAGAAGCUGCUUUUGUGAAAAUGCAUUAAAAUCCCUAAAAAAGGGCAUAUUGCUUUUGCAGUAUCCUGAGGUGUCCUUCACACAUUGUAAUAGCUCUUUGAGAGCCACUUUUCUGUGGGUUCAUCCUAUCAUAUGUGGCACCAGUGGGGAAGAAGAUAGGUAGCUUGCCCCCUCCUUGUUGCUAGAAAGACUCUUUUCACAUGCUUCCCACACCCCCAGACAGUGCUUUGCCACCCCCUUUUUCUGGUGCCGCUGCUACGUCUCAAGGCACUGCUGAAAUGUUUAUAAAGACCUGCAGCCAAGUAGGUGAUUGUAGCUGCUUGAGUCUGCUGCCUGGUCAGAUCAGGGAUGGUCACCUGACAACGGGUCUGUGUAGCUAGCCUACCGCCUCCCCCCACCUCCCUUUGGUUGUAGGCCUCCUGGGUCCUGAACCUCUGGAAAAACAGCUCCAGCUGCUGCUGCAUUGUAACAUGUAUCUGAGCUCCACUUUCUUUGACAGUUUGCUAAAUGUAUUCUGAAUUUCUCAGUGAAGGCGCUCCCUGCCUUAAAAAAAAAAGCAAAGCUUAAACUGUGAGUUAUUUGUCUUCAUAGUUGGAACGACUUUGAUUAUUAACCUUGCCAGUGUUUGUAGCUUGGAAAUUGCUCCAAGGAGCAGAGAAAGAAGGAAGCUGGUCAGUGCCGAGGCUGCUUUGUAUGUGGGUGUAAUGCAAGUUCAUGCAAGGGGAAUACGAAACAGGAGCAGUGUUUGGCCGCAGGGGAAAGAGGCUGUUUUGUUCAGCCCAUUUCUUGACUUCCUAAUAAAUAGUGUACAUUAAGCAAGGAUCAUGUAGCCUGGAUUUCAAAAUACAGAGGGCACGUGUUCUGCUCUGUCACUGCCCUGCUUUUUGUGAUGUGAUACGUCACAUGGUGGGCUCCUUAUUUUUAAGGCAUGUGCCUUGUUUGUCGGCUCCAGUUACUGUUUCUUGAUGAUCAGAAGGCAGCCGGUGAACCGGUCGCUCUGUCAGAAAUGGACUUCCUUACUAGGGACCGGCAUGGAACUUUCUAAUCCAACUCACCAUUGUGUGGGAUUGUAUUUGAGAACCUCAUGAAGUGAGCCUGGGAUUCUAUUCUCGGAUUUCUUCCAAACUCACAGCCUGAAGGUCGCCAGUGCAAUGUGUAUGAGGUGAGUUGGCUUGAAUCUUUGCUGUCUGGGGCUGAUGGGCAUGGUCUUAUUAAAACAGCUGAAAGGCGCCUGGUUCAGAAAGGCUGCCGCUCACUCUGCUUCUCUUUGAUCAUUAUAUCCUGCUUUGUCUUUAAAUUUUGGACUGUGUAGGGUUAAGGCUCCACAUUCUUUGGCGACUUCAGAUAUCUAAAUUGGAGAGACAAAGGAGUGGCACUGCUGUUGCUAUCCCAACAGAGCUGGGAGGUGUUUUGUGCUGAAAAAUAGCCACAUUGCCCUCCUUCCGUGUGGGUGGCAUCUCAGUGUUCCCCCUUGGUAACAGACGUUGCUGCCUAAAGCUUCUUGUGACUCCUGUCCACAAACAGGUAGAGGCUCAUGUCCAAGCAGAGUUUAGAAGGGUUCUGUUGGCUGGGCUCCUGCAAAGUAGCCAUGGCUAGGUGACGCUUCUGCCUCACUCUUGUCUGUUGCCCUGUGGUGCUGGACGGGGCAUGCAGCUGUGUAAACAAGCCAGAGCAGAUUUUGGCUUGCCGUCAAGAUCUCAGGGGUGUAUUUUGUUAGUCCAAGCCAGCAUGCAGGAGGGGUGGGGGCAGAAGGGAAGUUCUGGCCCCUUGCCAGGUGAGGUUCAAAUUGCAGUGGAGCUUUUGUGGAAAUGUUGCGUGUUCAUAGUUCUGGAAUGAUGAGGGCCUGACUUUAUCUCAUGCCAGGAGGUGGGAGGGGAGCCCCACAAGGUUUGCUCAGUCCAUUGCCACAUAAGUCAGCAAGUGCUGUGGUAUCCCAACAUGAAGGUUUGUUUGUUUGCCGUGGCAGAAAUGUUCGUGGGCAACCAGGGUGAGCAAUUGUCUCCCAUGCUUUCAUCCUUCAGGAUGUGUUCUUUACACUCCGGUAAACUUGACUCCUCGCUUGUUAACUAUUUCUAGAAGGUUUGUAAGUGUGGUUUCUCUCCACUGUAGCAGACUGUUCGUACAGCUACCACCACCUCAGUAAGCUCCAGGCCACAGAGUUCCUCCCUGUCAGGUUCUUUUUCCUGGGGAUGGUGUGUAGAAACCAGCAUUGUCUCUCAGCUGAGUGCAAAGGUCCCAGUUCCGGUUGUGUGAAGUCAGCUGCUGCUGUUGUCAGGGAUUUUCAAAUGCCUUGUAUAGGUUCUGGUUUUGUGGUUUGAUAAAAUUUAAGGGAGAAUAGACACAGAAGCAACAGGACAGGACAGGCACCUUAUGGGAGAGUGGUCUAGCUGCUUGCAUUUGAGUAGUAAUAUUAUCUUUUGCUGCUUUUCGAAAGAGUGAUAAUCUGCAAUUUGGUGUUUACUGUCCUGGAUCUCCAGGACUUGAACCACACUCUGAUGAAAGCAUGCUGUUCUAGAGAUAAACACUGCCUGUUUUUUUGGUUUUUAAUUGGAGCUCAGUUUAAGUUGAAGCAAUUUUAGGGACAACACGCUUUUUCCUUCCUCUCUUGCCUGACCAUUCUUCUCUUCAUAAUGAGUGUGGGAGCCUCCUUGUGUUGAUAGGAAGUUCUUUAUAAGCUGGCGGAAAUUCAUCCUCUGAAUCUCUUAGCAAGUGACCACACUGCUUUAAGAAGGAAACUAGUAGUUUAUGAGAGAGCUUAAUUCUGUUGCAGAGGAUUCUAAUUGCUGAAUCACAUAUAUUUUAUUUUACCAAACCUUUUAUUGUUAUCCUUCUGUGGCAUUAGAAAAAAAACCUUUUUUGCUACACCUUUAUUUACAGUGUGGAUAUUCUGGAUUAUUGCAGCUUUUUUAAUUGCAAGUUUAGGGCAGCCAAUCAAAGGCAGCUUUCCUUUAAGCUACAAAAUUCUCAGCCUGUUAAGAAGUGAAUUCUAGUUCCCAGAACUGCUUUUAAGUAGGGAAAAGGAUUAAUAGAGUGAAAUGCCAGCGACAUAAAUGCACUCCCUCUCUCUUUCUUCCUGCAUUGUUGGAGACUCAGGCCUGGCCUCCAUCAGACGGAUCUGCAGCUGACGAGCUGUUUUCCUGGGUGACUGAAAGAGGGUGGCCAUUUUAUAUUGAAAAUAAAAAUUGGAUCGUCUGUUACAACUCUCAGCUUAGAUCUCUCAUUUACUCAGGUCUAUUGAUUUUGUUUUACUGUAUCUGGUCACAUCUUCUGGGAAGCUAGUUUUCGGCCGUAGAAAUUAUUCCAGCUGCAGUGUUGAAUGUGAGCCCCUUUUCAUUGUGGUUUCUGGCAUUUGGUAAAAACUUUUGUUUUUAUGCUAGUAUGGGCAAAGGAUUUCACAUGUUUCUUUCCUGCCAAACACACUUUCCUCUAGACUUUUGUGUUUUCCUUGAUUUGCUGCUUUAUAGAAUCCCCCGGGGACCUGUGCAGCAGCCCCUGGAGGAUCGAAUCUUCACUCCAACCGUCUCAGCUGUGUACAGCACUGUAAGUAUUCCCCAGCAGUUUUGCCGAGUUCUUUGGUUCCUGUGUAGUUGUGGUUUGCUUAAGUAACACUGCUUUUCCUCCUGCAGCUAAUCAACUGGAUAUGAGCUCUUAGAGCUUUGUGGGGCUGUGUGGAAAGUUUAGCUGCCUCCAGCCACAGAACAAUCCUGGGACUCAAGUGUGUAAUCUUCAUUUAGAAAAGCAGCUCUGUUUUAAAACCACUUGUUUAAUUCAAAAUAAGCAAAUGAAUAAUUCAGAGUUGAACUUUCUCAACAGAAACUGCUGGUUUAGGAAGAUGCCCUCAUUCAGGCCUCUUCUGCCCAGUAUCUUUGGCAGGUGAGACCUGAUUCAGAUAACAUGUCUGCAGUGCAAUCACAACUCCUCAAUAUAAGCUGCAAAAGUUCUUAAAGUCUUUUGGGUGCUCUUAAAAUAGUUGCUGGAGUUACACUAAAAAAUGAAUGAGUUCUUAUGGAAGGCAAGAAUGAAAGAGUCUGCCACAUAUUGACUGUGGUGCUAAAUCGUUCUAGUACUGGAGCUCAGUUAAAGGCUGCUCCUCAAAUGGUGUCUUGUGGGUUCUGUGUGUGUGUGCUUGCCUUUUUUUGCCCAUAAUGGGUGGAUGCCCAAGAGGUGUCUUCUGUGCCUGGCUUCUGAACAGGUAGCCCACAUUGAAGUGACUCUUCCAGAAAAGAGAUUAGGAAGGAUUAGCUGAUCUAGCCACUCCAGGUUUAUGCCAAAGAUGUGGGUCAGGAGGCCGGGCUAUUUGGCUGUGUGACUGUUGCUGAGCUGUGAGAAAAAAUGCUGCAUUUUUUAAAGGCACGAUAUGAGCAUCAAGGCAGUGAGACCCACUGCUAAUGAACUAGCCCAGAUGGCCACCAACACUGUUUAUUUUUUCAUUACAGAGGUCACAUUCACACCAUGCAUUUAAAGCACAUGGCUUCUCCUGAGGAAUCCUGGGAAUUAUAGUUUAAGAGUGCUGGGAAUUGUAGCUCUGGGAGGGGUAAACUACAGUUCCCAUGUUUAUUGGGGGGGGCAUGUGCUUUAAAUGGAUGGUGUGAAUGUGACCUAUGUUGUAUCCUUGUGCAUUGCCUAAAUUGCAUUUUAGAAAAAAUACAGAAAUAACUUAAGUAGAUCUUCCAAAGUCUUUGGUAGGCAUAUUUCUCAAGGACUGCGUAACUUCUGAGAAAACAUGCAUGUGUUACAAAUACCCAGAGUGUGGGGUGUUAGUUACUGGGGGCCAUUGUUUUUUCCACUGUGAGAUAGAAAGUAAAUUCCCUCCUUUUUGGUUGGUAGAAUGAUAAAUAGUCAUAAUUUGAGAGCUGAACACAUGACAGAGCUCUGGUAACUGGAGGGUGCAAUUUAGGAAUACAGUACACAGUCACCUAUACAGGCACCUUGAACAAUCCUGGCAAAAUACAUCACUUGGCUUCUGGUGUCUUUGACAGCUUGUCAGUCUGUGUGUCCCAUGACAAGCAAAUAGUAGUAGUAAUAAUAAUAAUUAUUAUUAUUAUUAAUUGUAAUUAUGACUGUAUUGUAAUUAUAACUAUUAUUAUUAUUAUUUAUUAUUAUUUAUUAUUAUUGUUGUUGUUGUUAUUAUUAUUAUUAUUUGUACCCCACCCACGUGACUGGGCUGCCCCAUCCACUCUGGGCGGCUUCCAUCAUAUAUAAAAACAUAAUAAAACAUUACACAUUAAAACACUUCCCUAUACAUGACUGCCUUCAGAUGUCUUCUAAAGGUUAUAUAGUUACUCAUCUCCUUGACAUCUGAUGGUAGGGCGCCACUACCAAGAAGGCCCUCUGCCUGCUUCCAUGUAGCUCCACUUCUCUCAAUGAGGGAACUGCCAGAAGGUGCUUGGAGCUGGACCUCUGUCUGAGCUGAACAGUGGGGGUGAAGAUGCUCCUUCAGGUAUACAGGGCUGAGGCCAAUGAUCAAGGCAACCAAUGACUUUGUAUCAUUUAUAAUUAUUGGCCUGAGAAGUCUGGAUAGCUUUUGCAAACCAUAAAGACAGAUAUAGAAUGGUGGGUUCUCCCUCACCAGAAUACUACAGUGUUUGUUGUAUUUAGAUUUCAGUUUUCCUUCCAUAUUUAUUUAUUUAUUUGUCAAUAAAAGUACAGGUUAGUCAAAAUACAAAUACAACAAAAAAGAAAAGUCAGUUAUAUAAAUAAUGUAUACAAUAAAUAAAAAUGUGAUGAGAAUAGCAACUGUGUUGUAACAAUGCUGCUUUAGCCCUGCCCACUUUGAAUGCCCAUUGCCCUCUCUCAGCCCAGCCUACUUAUUCCCUGAGCAGAUGCAGAGAAUUUCCCUACACCUGCUGGUAAAGCUGGCUGACUUGUAGAGCUCUGAAGAUCUGAGCCAAAGGAUUUACAGCCCCUUGUUAAGAGAUGGGUGUCAUUUAAACAAAGGCACAGCAAUAAUCUCCAGCAUCCUCUCGAAAACUUUGGUCUCUUGUGAUCUAAGCAGCUCUUGCCGCUUCAUAAGCAGAACAGAGGAGACCUUUCCUGCUGCUGCUACUGAACUGCAGUGCUGUGCUCUAAAAGCAAGGGCCAGUUUGUAUGCUGGCUGGAUUCUAGGUUUUUCUUUAUACCUGCAAAAUGUGCAUAAUUUCUGAUCAAAGAGGCACAUAAGUUAGGUGCUAACAUUUAGCGUAGCACCUCUCUUCAAAAGGAAUCCGGCAGUGCAGCCUCUGAAGCAGAUAUGUUAAUUGGCAUUGUUUGAAGUGUCUCUUGAAGAGUUUCUGCCUCCUGUCUUGGGUCUCCUUGUUUCUGAUCAGCCACCUUGACACAGUUGAAAUAAGCGAAAGAGAGGGAACCUCUCCCCAUUAUGAUUUCUCCCCAAAGAGCACCUUUGCCAGUGCUUCGGCUAGUGGCCAGUGAGCCCCUUAGAUGAGCAGCAGCUUUCCUUUCCCAACAAAAAGCACUUUUGGUUUUUAUGAAUUGGUAGCCAGUCAGUUCUAUGCAGUUCUAUGACUCUGAAGGGAACAGCCAGGACUACCUCAGGAGAUUGGGCGAUGCAGCCCAAAGGCUGGGUAUCUUUUUAGGGCCUCCUUUAGCUCCUUAGUUUGAGCUCCAUGAGGGUCUUGGGAUUUGUGUCCUUUUUCUUGCUCUCCUAGGUAUUGUCAGCAUAGAAACACACACAGACAGAAGCUCCUGGGACCAUUUCCAGCCGUUGCUCCUGUGAUGCCUCAGCUUUGGGGGAAAUAGAACUAUUGGUAAUUCUUGCUUCCUGCUGGGCUCUUGAGACUGGAGGGCCUCUCUCUUGUGGGGCUUCCUUACUGCCUUCCUCCUCUCAACUGUUGUUUUUCUAAUCUUAGGUGGUUUGGGUGUUUAAAGGGCUGUUGAAAUAGGUUUUCAGGGUAGAAUGCAGAAGCAUCCCUAAGGUGAAGAAUCUCUCACACUUUGUGAUGGAAUCAAGAGUGACAGACACGCUGCACUAUUCCUCUGGCCCAGUCUGCAUUGACUUCCUACACAGACAGCCAUUUUGUCAGAUCACAAAGGGCCGGCUGGCAGGAAAGGCAGCCCAGUCUUGCUUUGUCCCUGCAAAGCUGCAAAGUUAAGAUCCCAUUUACAGAUUUGCAGCCUUCCCCCAGUGGAGAAAAGCCUGUUUUUACUGGCAAACGGUGCGGAGUUAACUCAUAAAAGUGGCAUUUGCAAAACCCUCAGCAGUGUUUUUCUGUCCUUUUUGGAUUUGUAUCAAUUCUGCUUCUCCUUUUGGGUAGAAGCUGGUGUUGGUACAGGUGGGUGGAGUUUUUCCCCAAGAGAAAAUGCUGAAAGAGAGAGAUCCGUUAAGUAAUGAAGGGUGGCAUUCAGGAUAAUGCCUUCUUCCUGGCACUUUAAUGUAUCCGAUAUUGUAUUUAUUGUGGAAUUAAUUUCAAGUACAUUUCCAACGGGGGGCAGGGAGCUCAAGGUAAGGUUCUGUAUUACAGAAAACACAAGCACAGGUUUCUUAAUUAGCCACUUAAUUUAACUGAAUAAUCUUACAAUAAGAGAACAACUUAUUUACUAUACUUGCAUUCUGCUAUGAAAAAUAUAACAAAAAUUUACAGCAGUGUUUUGAACAGGUUUUCAGUGUUCAAAGCAGCAACUGAAUCCAGACAAGAUGAUACAUCUUGUCUGGAUAUGGAGAAUAGACUUACGUAUUCUUGUUUGUGUUGGAGAUAUUUAUUUAUUUAAGAGAAUUUAUAUACUACCUGAUUGUAAGAAAACCUCUGAGCAGUCUACAAAAAUAUAAAAUAAAGCAUUAUGAUUAUGUUACACUUCCUCUGACAAUAAUUUUCAUGGGUUAAGGCAGGGGUCAGCAACCUUUUUCAGCUGUGGGCCAGUCCACUGUCCCUCAGACCAUGUGGUGGGCUGGACUAUAUUUUUGGGGGGGAAAUGAACGAAUUCCUGUGCCCCACAAAUAACCCAGAGAUGCAUUUUAAAUAAAAGCAAACAUUCUACUCAUGUAAAAAACAGCAGGCAGGCCCCACAAAUAACCCAGAGAUGCAUUUUAAAUAAAAGCAAACAUUCUACUCAUGUAAAAACAGCAGGCAGGCCCCACAAAUAACCCGGAGAGGCAUUUUAAAUAAAAGCAAACAUUCUACUCAUGUAAAAACAUGUUGAUUCCCGGACUGUCCGCUGGCCGGAUUGAGAAGGCAAUUGGGCCGCAUCCGGCCUUAGGCUGCCUACCCAUGGGUUAAGGGCACUCCUGAAUCAGGUGACAUCUAUGGCGAUGUGCAUUUUCUGUCAGCUUCAGCUUUAGGUUAAUAUUCACAACUGUUUCAAACCGGAAAUUUUAGGGCUCAGGCUUUUGCCCUGUUUUGCAUGCUGUGGGAUUAAAUUGUGCCCUACCCUCUUAAAACUGGAGCCCAUGACCCUCUCUCAUAUACACUAAAUUAAAGCCCAUUUUUCUGUGCAAAAGGAAACUCCAUGGUGGGGUGUUUUGACUUCUCAGGCCAAGCAUUAUAAGCAUGAUUCAAUAAGUAAUGUGUCGUUACAGUAAAUUCAUGUGUGUUUAUGACUCUCUAGCAGCCAAAUGUUGUGGAGAAAAGCAGCUUUUGUUCAGUAAUUACCUGCCUUGCUACUGUGCAGUUCUGGGACUCUGGCCCACAAUCCAGGGCAUCUCAUUCCACUGGUUUGUGGCCUUUCAGUGUUCUCCCUUAGUAUCUUCGCUUGUGUAUAUAGAACCACACAGAAAUCACAGUGUUUUUGCAAUUGCUCCCCGCCUUUAUUGCCUCUGAGCAGAUACAAAAGGUUUUCCUUUAUGUAUGCUACUAGGUAGGUAGUCUAAAAGUUUCAUUUAGUUGCAAACCAACAUGCAUUAAUUUGUUUAUAGUGACCGUCACCAUCCUUGUGCCCUCUAGAAAUUUUGGACUGAAGCUCUUGUGUCAUGCUGGAGCUCUCUGUGGAAAAUGGGAUUUGUAGUCCUAAAUAUCUGAUUGGUAAAGGAUAGUUCACAGCCACUGAUUGCAAUUGCAUGAUUUGCAAAAUCUGUUAGCGUGCUGCCAAAGUUUUCUGUUUCUGCUGUGGAAGGGUGGGUUCGUAUAUUAUGAUUAUUUUUUAAUGAAUUGCAUAUGUUUCUGUGUGAAUGUGCUGAUAGUACAAUAUGUUUUGCUUAAUGCUUAUGGGUUGUAUCCCAUAUUAGUCCUACUCAAAGUAAACCUAUUGAAAUUGAUAAGCACGGCUAACUUAGGGCCAUUAGUUUCAGUGGGUCUACUCUGGGUAGGACUUUGUUGGAGACAACCCUGUGUUUUUAAAUAUACUGUAAGUUACUCAGAAUCUAGUAAAUAAUAACAAUAAAGUAAAAUUUGGGAAAGUUAGUUGAACUGAGUGAUUUCAAAUUAGUAUCUCUUUCCUUGGGGAUUUAAAAUAUUAAAACUUGAUGUCUUCAUAUUGAAUUGUUCCAAUUGUUUGGACCAAUCAGGCCCUGCACAGCCUGGGCUCUGGAUCUCUCCAGGAGCACCUUUCCCAAGUUGCUCCUCCAGUCCGCGAGUGAAAGAUCAAAUGGGGAGAGCUGCUGUUACCAGCUCUGUCGCCUCUUGGAAGAUGAGCUUCUUCACCUGCAUCAUCAGGUGUCCUAGGACUUCCUUCUAAGGAGACCACCUUCAGGCCUGCUUUCAGUCUUUCUUCUCUGCCAGGCAUUGAGUGACUUCUGUGCCCACUUUCAGCUUCAGAGUGCUGCUGUUUGACUUGCAAUGAGGGUUGUGUUUAGUGCUCCUUCAGUACAAUUUUAUGGGGUUGCAUCCAGCUAAGUUUCACUCAGUGUAUAUACCUAAAUCAGUUGUGUCCAUUAACUUCAUUAGCUUUACUCUUGAGUAGGACUAGCAUUGGCUACAAACUGUAGGAUUUAUCUUUUUUGGGGGAAGCCUCUUUGAGUGUGUCUCAGGGCCAAAUAGGAAUUCAAGAAUUCCAAAAUAAUUGCCAGCCACCUGUUUCCAUUGGAUGCUUGAUGCGGACCAAGCAUGUGCCAAGGACGGGGAUGCAUUGGGAAAUAAUGGGAAGUUUUACAAGGAAAGAUAAGCGCCUUCUCGUUACUGAAGCUCUAAAGAUUUCUCAAAGCAAGGCAAUGUUGACCAGGUGAAAGGCUCACCCUUUUGCCAUUGGAGAUGUACCCUUCAUCUGUGUUCAAGUUCUGAGAUGCAAGAUAAGGCGUGUGAACAAGCUCUGCUCCUGCAGCCUCUUGCUCUCCCUGUCCUUUUUUACGGGUGGCCAGAGAGACGGUGAGUGUAUCCAGUGGUAGCUAAUUGUGAGCCAAAGGAUGGAUCGCUUCCUUUUCCUCCCCAGGUCUGUAGCCUCAGCAUGUAAAUGAACCCCCAUGGAGGGAGCUUUACUAAUCUCUGGUUUUACUAACAGUUUAUCUCCUCACAGGUCACGCAGGUUGCGAGACAGCCAGGCCCUCCUGCCCCCUCCCCUUACUCUGCACAUGAAAUAAGCAAGGGGCACCCAUCCCUUGCUGCAACGCCACCAGGACAUGCCUCCUCCCCAAGCCUCACCCAGGUAAGGUUUGGCGCCUGCUUCUCAGGUCUGAGUUGCCUUUCUAUAAGUUUAUGGGGUGUGGGUGAGAUCUUGGCUUUGCGCAGUGCUAACCCUGGUCUGCAUGCUACUUUCACUUGAGCUGCUCUUCCUCUUGCUGGCCAAGGAUUGGGGAAGAGGAGAGGGGUUCCCUUUAGGGCGCUCCCCACCCCAACCCCCUCAAUUGGAAAUUGGCAGGGACGCCUCUCGUUUCAGACUAAGCGCUUUUUUUUUGCUAAGUGGCGGUGAUUUUAAUAACAUGCCUUUAGGCAGGUACAUUUUUCUUUUCUGACCAGCACUCAUUGCAUGUGCUGAAAGAGAAAAUGGACACAGUAAAAAUAAUACAUGUGGACAAGGAAUUUAGAUAAUUGAAAACCAUAACUUGUUUUUAAUCACUUAAUUCCUCAAAACGUUUCCAAGAGACGAGGGAUGACGUGGCAAAGCAGAGGAGGAAUGUAUUUGUAGUUAGCAAAGGUAGGGCAGAUGCGCUGUCCAAGGGUGGGCCUCAUGCCUAGGCAAUGUGACCUGUGGCAGCUUCAGGCAGUGAGCUGCUGAGCACCAAGGCCUCCUUGGCAAUGAUGCCUCAAGGCAGAGUGUGUGGGAGCUUUCAGAAGCAUACAAGUGGAGGGAGCAUCGGCCCCUUCUUUGUUUCUGUAGAUUCCUGCAUGAGACUAGAAGUCUUGGUUCUCGGACAGAUGAGCUGGUGCUUGAAAUCCUACUUGGAACAUAAUCAGCUGCUUUGAUUCCCAUGAUAACUUCCAGACCCUCAAGCGUGAUGCAGGGCCCCAUUUUGGUUCCUUAGUAAAGGAGGAAUUGGGGGUGAGGCGAGGUUGAGCUUUUUUUAUACAGGCAUGAGAGAACCCUCUGCAUCUGUUUCCUCCAGCCAGACAGUGCAUGAGUCACUCAAGUUGUUGCACCUUUUCCAGUGGACUUGACAUGUGCAUCAUGUGACAGUAGGCAUGACACCCCACCGGUUCAGCUCAAAACUUGCUGCCAAGUUUAUUGAUAGAAAAGGAUUUUGUGUAGUCUUGUGUGUUAAGAGCCUAACCAAAGAAGACAAAAAGUGCUCUGAAAGUUGUGGAGUGGCUACUGUAGUAUCUGUUGUGGGCACCAGAAACAGCUACCCUGCCUAGCUGCAUCUCCACGACCUCCAACUCCUGUGUCAAUCCCCAAUGUUCCAGAAGAGAGAUGAAAGCCACAACCUUUUCCCACCUCCAGGCAUCAGAAAAAACUGCAAAUAUUCCUUACGAAUUUAUCAGUUGAGUCCUGAGUACAGUGAGGUUCUUCCACAGAAAGUCACUCCAGAAUGUUGCACCUCUGAUUGUGUAACGCCUUCUCCAGAUUUCUUACCUGAACUUAAGUCACGGCCAAGUCUGGCAGGUCAGCCCUGCACAGAGUCGGCUAGUCUUCUUAGUUUGAUUCUAAAAAAAAGCAAGGGGUGUCCUCCUCGCCUCAGAAGGUCUUGCAAUUCUUUGUCUGCCAACAAGAGGCACUUCUUGUUCAUUUGUUAUAGAUCUUUCUCUGAUGGGUCCAGAUAAUUUUGAAUGCCACCGCUUCCUCCACUUACAAAAAGGGGGGAUCCAUUGCUCACCCACUCAGGGCUUAAGGCAAUUGUUAACCAAUAUUUUGCCCGUAUUCUCAGUUGUUAACAGGAUAUGCACUCUUGCUUCUUUCCAGGGCACAGGCCUAAAUUUACCAAAAGUAAUUCACAUUUUUGAUACAUGGCAUAAGAAUAUAUAAAGUCUUGUACAUUCAUCUUUGGGAUGUUGUCAUGAGUGUAGCGUGCUGAUCAUAGGAAAAUGUAUUGGUCACCUGUCUCUGAUAACUGAUCGUAUUUCUCCACUUUUUCGUUUUUCCCCCUGGAGAGGCAGUCUUACUGAAGCACAUAGUAUCUUGUUCUGUAAAAAGGGUUGCCUGCAUAGAUCCAUUUGGUUUCCCCAUUCAGAUCCCUGCAACCUCACAGGAGACUUGGAGAGGGGGGUGUCAAACAAAGGAGCUGGUCUCCUGCAGGGGGCGUUGAGAAUUGAUGGCAACUGGUCCACAGACCUUUCACAUUGCUGUUUUGAGAUUAGCAGAGUCCUGCACUUGAAGCCACUGAGAGCAUAAUGACAGGACAGGUCACUACUAAUGGGUACCCUUUUAUCUAGAGUACCAAACUCUGCUGACAACAAUUCCCUAGUCCUAGAGUAGGGGAAGAAUGGGUAGAAAUGUCCCUGGGAUGCUUUUGUUCAUUUAGCCCAUUGUAAAAAGGCAGGUAGAAAGGGAGGUCGUCCCCAUCCAGGUGUGUAGAAAGUAUUUUGAGAAGUUGGAGGGGAUGCAUCUGCUCCCAUCAGCCUGGUAGAAGGGGAGAGAGAACGGAGCAUUGACGUGGAGAUGUGCCAACCCCUGUCCAUCCCCCACCCACCCGCCAUCAUUCUCGUCCUCCCCACCCCCCUCUCCCCCUCUCUCUGUCUCUUUCUCUGUCACUCUUUUUCUUUCUCUCUUACUCUGUCGCUCUCUUUCACUCUCGCUCCAGCAGCCAGGAGGGAGGAGGGACAGAAGCUUUCCACCCCACCCAAGAGCCAGCAGUCUUUUUGAAGAUCCAAGGGAACUGGUGCAAAGGAUUCUGGGAUGUGGGAUGGUGAGUGACAAGAGGAAAAAAAAGGUUAAGUGAUGCCCCGCUGGAAAAGCCUGGCUCUUGUUUUUCUAAUGGGUGGAGAUCUCAUUUAGGGUGGGGCCAUUGUGGCUUACAGGGGAGGCCCCUCCUGCAAAGGCGUGGAAGACUCAGGGCAGAAGGAAUGUUCAUGGGGAGCCUUAAAAACACGUUGAGAACUUGAGAUGUAUGGAGGAGCUCCGUUCAGUAUUUUGCCCUUGAGGCAUCUUACCAUGCCAUCUGGACUUUUUGCUUCAAAGCUGUUGCUCUGUCUUGGAAAGUGUUAAAUUCUAUGGCAAAGUUUCAAAUUUGGAGUAGGCGUAGACGUGCAGGGUGAGAGUCUUAGCUUCGUGUCCAGUCUGAGGAUGGUGGCUUAGCAUUUUAAAGGCCCACUUGUGUUCCCAGCCAUUGGCAGUCGCUGUACCUGUCGGCCCACAUCUGCCUCCCCCAUACACUCUGGGUUGUGUCCAACAUUUGUUUUACACACAGUACACCCAUUGAAAUUAAUUAUCAUUAGUCAUACCCAUUAACUUCAGUGGGUCUACUCUGAGUAGGAUGAGCAUUGGGUGCCACCCUCUUGACUACUUGGGCUGUCCCUCAAACAGCAGGGAUUCCAUUUUCCCUCCACAACCUUUAUUCAGGAUUGCUUAUAAGGGAUUUUGCAUGUGAGGAGGUCAGAAAGUGAAGCUUUUCGCACUAACCUCAGUUUGGCAGAGCCGAGGGAGGGCUGGUCUUGCAUUGAAAGUCGCUUAUACUUGGUUUGGCCCUCACUCAUUGCUCAGGUUCAAAAUGUUUCCUUUAGGAAGGUGUUUAAUUAAAAUAGGAAAGUUUCGGUUCCAAACCUUUAUGAUGUGUUGGUGUGUAGGAGCCGCGGAGAGCUAUCCAAGGUCCACUGAAAGCGGUCCAAAGGGGUGGGGACAGGAAAAUGCAGCUUGCAUCAUGACUUCUGUGUUGCUCCUUUUGUCUUCCUGGAUCCAGAAGCACAUGGUGUGGCACAUAAAGGGGAAAAGAGAGGCUCACAAAGGGAGAAUAGAGAAGUGGUGCUGUAAGGCAUGGACAGGGAGGGAAGUGGGUUAACAGAGAAUGGGCCAUAGAAGACAUUUAACUUUUGUAACAAAGCUGUUCUGUGGUUAACAUAGUCAUGCAGCCCUGUUGAGUUCUUGCAAAGGUGUCCCACUUGAGUAUCUGAGUGUUUUACCCCUUGAUUUAGAGUUUUCUUGGCCCAACUAAUGAUGCUCUGAGUGGCAGAGAAUAAAACGUCCCGUAUCUACAUGAUGCUUUUCUGGAAAAAUAUUUUUAUUGUCCUACUUGAAAGGGUUUUUGCAGUUUUCUAAGCUUUCAUGAAUAGGAGGUUUAUUAUUUAACUCCCAAGAAUGUAGUUAGACUUUGUUUAAUAUUCAGGUAGCCCAGAACCAGCGAUUUGCCUUCCAAAAUGAAGAGAUUCUGAAUUUCAGAAAUUCCACACCCACUCACGACUCUGGAGUUUUGUGACCUUGGCUGCCUUUUCCUAUGUGCCUUACUCUAGGAUUGUCCCCUUCCUGUCCCAUUUGGCUGGGUAAAGUAUAGUAGUAGUGGAAACGGCAUUAGGAAUUGUGCCAUAGGCUUUGGUGAGUAGCGUUCUCCUGUGUGGUGCCUUAAGUGAGUCAUGUUUUCCUGCAAGGCAUUUCCAGAGUUCUCUACAGCUUGGUUCCCUCUUGGCUGUAACAGCGUGGUUAGAGCAUGGUGCUGAUAACGCCAAGAUUGCAGGGGCAAUCCCUGUAAGGUACAGCUGCAUAUUCUUGCGUUGCAGGAUGUUGAACUAGAUGAUCCUCAGGGUCUCUUCCAACUCUUUGCUCAGCCUUCCACAGCACUUCCUGAUGGUAGACUCUGCUUUAAUAAAGCAGCGUGUCUUGGAUCCCAUAUCACAUGUAAAUAUGGCAUGAUGUAAUACGCUGUCAUCGGUGUGCUGCCAUAGAAAACAGCAUGUGGGAUGUCAUUUUCAGUGUGGGCUUUUGAGGAAAAGUCAUGUUGACUGUUGUCCUUUUGUCCCCAGUGCCCAAAAGCGUUUUGUUUUGUGCCUGCUGCGGCAAUUCAUCAAUGGAGUGGGAGGAGAUGGGGGUUUGCUUUAAUUCAUAAUGUGACUCAAAAGCAUGUUGUGUUUAGAAGGAAGCUCUACAGAUGGCAACGUGCAGCAGUGCCACCAAGGUCUCUUGGGCCAUUUCAUGUAAGGACAUGCUAGUCUUCUUCCUUUUUGCCCUGGAUCACCAGCAGUGUCCUUUGCUAGGCUGAGGAAUAAUCUCAGAGAAGUUUAGCUCUGCAGUCAGAGGAUGCAGCCUUCCUCUUUUUGCUUCUUUUAAAAAGCAAAACUCUUGCAGCUGGACUGAUAUUUUGAUAUGUGGUUCACUCCAUUCCCUAAAAAAGAAAAGAAAAAAGAAUCCCUCUUUUGAGAACCUUAAAUGAAGCAUUUGCUAGUGCUGGCUUACAUUCUGCAUGCAGAAUUGAUAGGCAGAGAAUAUCUAUAUUUUAUAUAAAUAGCUCUCCAUGGAACUUUGUGUAGACGGAUGGAGAAGGUGUGGCUUUAAGGAGCUUUGAAGCCACUGAGCCAUCUUAUGGACUAUGGAUGCUUUUCCAGUGAGCUGUUUUGGCAACAAUUUCAUAAAGACCUUCUGAAAUCUAAGGCAGCUAUUUUAAAUGUCAUUAGGUCACGGCUGGCUUUCGAAGGAAGGCAUGAAAUACCCAGGGGCCUUGUUGCUUGUAUCUAGAAGUAGGAUUAAAUUGCCAAAUGCAUUAAGGUGGUGAGAGUGGAACCAUACCUUUUCCGGGUCCGGCCUGCUCAUGAGAUGCUGUGAGAGUGAUCCCUGGCCUAACCCUUCCCAGGGACUGCAAGCCUGUCCUCAUCCAUGGGACAUUUCAGAGCUGGGAUUGUGUAAGGGUGUGAGGUGUUGCUGGUUUUGUCAUGUCUUUCCUUGGUGGUCCCUCGGAUGCACCCAGCAUUUAACCUGGCAAGUGACUUCCUGUGGGCACGGAAAGUUCUCAGGGUGCUGAAAGAAUUCACAGCGCCGAGGCAGAAAUUUCCACUCCGCUGCUCAGAGCAGGAAGCGCAAGAGCUGUGCGUGACUCAGCAUUUUCUCAGCCUCCCCCUGACGUGAGCCCGGCUUUCGCCUGUUUAUUCCUGGCACAUUUCGUGCAAGGGCGGGGGGGGGGGGAUCUUGUUGCACAGCAGGUCUAACUCCUUUCGAAAUGCAGAUAAAAAUAAUCCUCCCCUUGUUGUUGUUUGCUUAUUUCAGCUGGCAGGAACAGAGGGUGGGGGUUGAAUGAGGGGGAAGGUCCAUGGUGAGAGGAUUCUUUGACAACUUGAAACACAUAAGAAUUCCUUUAGCAUACCUCUUACUCCGAGAUAAGGUAGGAAGGAGGAAGUGCCAUUGCUUGGUGGCAAAGAACACCCAUUGCCUGCAUCAAGCCCCAUAUUCACCAGUCUCUUUGCAGGGCUGGGGGUCACCCUUCUCUGCCUGAGACCCUGCAGAGUCCUCCCCAGUAAGAGGAGACAGUCCUGGGUUAAAUGAACCAGCUGGCUGACUCGGGAAGAGGCAGCUGCUGCUUCUUUUCUUUCUUCAUUAAAUUCAUUCAAACAUAUAACAUCUACAUACAUAUAUCUGAAUGCUGGUGUUUAAGCAGUACUUACAAAAUAACUACCAAAUAAUGUAAGCUUCUUAUCCCAGACUACUGUUUGUAUAGAAGGUGAUAAACCGUUUAAGUUAACCAAAGUUUUGUAACGUGAGGAAAGUCCUCUGUUUUCAUUUUUAGCCAUAUGCAUCAACAAAACUGUUCCAUUUGAUUCCAAAUGAGUCUUUGUGCUUCAGGCCUUGUGUCAGUUUUAUUUAAUUUUUCCACAAAUACAGUUUGCCACACUUUGUUGUUCCAGUUUGUCAGAAAAUCCCCCAGUAUGGUGCUGUUAAUGAGCCUGGCUGCUAGGAGAAGAGAACUUCUUAAAGGUUUAAGCUGUUCAGUUAAUAUUGCCUCCCGUGAAAAGGUUGAGGAGCGCUAGACACUUUGUCUAGUAAUUGCUUUUAUUUGCACAAAUAACUUCCUCCUCCUUAAGUCCACAUGUUCAUGGGCUUAUCUGCACCAUGCAUUUGACGCAUAUGGCCUCCCCCAAAGAAUCCUGCUUUGAAUGUAUGGUGUGAAUGUGGGAAGUGCUCUGCAAAUUGUAGUCAUCACUCAUUGCUCUGUCUCACGGUGCUACAGCAUUUGUAAAGUUUAGAAAUAAUCACUGCUUUUUUAAACAAAAAAAAUACAUGUCCCAACGCUCAGAUGUUGAGGUUGGACAGGCUAGAAUUGGAGUUAACCUGGAUACAGAUUGUUGUGGCAGGGAAUGCUCUUGGUGCAUGGCAGGAAGCACUUCUUCCCACCCCAGGCCAGACCCUGAUUGGCUCCCCAGGAUUACAUUGGAACUUUCAUCUCGCCCUUCCGGGCCAGCUAAUUGGGCUCUGAAAUUGGACUCAGAAAUGUGGCUGCUAAUUGCCGCUUGCUGAUGUACUCCAAGACAAAGACAGUGAAUUGGAGAAGAGAUUGGGUUGUUGAGUCAUUGCAGUGGGCUUGAUGCAGCGAGGCUGGCAAAAGUUAGGGGUGCUUCAUGGGCAGAAUGUUUCCUGGCUGGAGCCAAAAUUUGCUUCCUAAGUGACCUUGCUGCAUCUUUGUCUGAUUUGCCAUUUCACUCCACCUAACAAGACAGUUGCAGGCUUCAAACAUCUGGUCAUCCCCAGAGCCAUGCAACUGAACAGCUCCUGAAAAAUGCUAUUUUGCUGCUUCAGGCUGCCCUGGCUGCCCUCUGUUGCCCCUCCCUUCCACCAGCCUGGAAGGUGGUUAGGUGCCUGCUUUGGAUUUUGCCUCUGUCAAAGGCAAAUCACUACAGUAGUGAUUGUUUUUCUGGCAUGUUUUAAUUGGCAAACUGCUUCUGAGUAUCUGUGCAUACCCUGUAGUAACUUUUCUUAAAUAGGGUGCUGUUUGAACAGCAGCUUAAACUAGAUGACUUCCAGAGUCCCUUCCAGAGUAUUGGGCUUGUCCAGUGCUAAGGUGGGACCAAAAUCCACCCGGUCUCAGAAAGCUGCACUUGACUUUAAUCUAUUGACUGUAAUAAGGGAAGGACAGUAUGAUUUAUUGUCACACACCCCUUUUAGGAGGAGUUUUCAUUCAACCUUUUCAGAUUCAGCACCUAUCCUUAGCCCAGAAUGGCAUUAGGGUACCCACUUCUUUUUUUGCCAUUUAUUUGUAUGGUGGUAGCACUGUUGCUGUUGCAACUUGUUUUAGGCUAGGUUGCAACCUUGCAAUGGGUUCCGACUAGGGACCUAAGAGGGUGUUACUAAUUGUGUUUUACCGCAUUUCUGCCACUGAUCCCUUUGUUCAGCUGUGUACUCUUGAGGUCCAAGAUCUCACAGUUUUGAGCUGCUGACUUUGAAACCUAGCCUGGUCCAUCUUGGAAUUCUGCAUUCAAUAUGAGCCAAAUGACUGCCUUAUGCCCUGCUUUGAGUGUUUGUAGUCACAUGUACCUGAUGAUAAGAGACUCUUUAAAAAAAAAAAAAAAAAGUACCUCUGUGCACAAAAAACACACACCUCGCAUACGCACACACAUAUGCACAGCAGUAUUUUAUCUCCCUGAAUUUUAGAAUGAUCCACUCCCUGGUUCUCUCAUUGCAUCUGGCAGGCAAAUCAUAAAAUGCUGAACAGAAUAAACUUUAAUGAUCCACCACUUUUCAGACAAAUAAGCCGAUUAAAAUUCUCAUGUGCAUUCAUCUUUCUGUGCCAAGCAGAGAUCAGUAGGCAAGAUAAUUAUCCCAUUCAGCUGGGAUGGAAUAAAGGCAAGUGUCACAUGUUUCAGUGAGAGCCUUGAAGGAUGGGCAGAAUUGAGCAAUGGCUUGUGGAGGUGUCUAUAGCAUCUUUUAGGGGGCAUAUGGGUUGGUGAGCCCUGAUGGAAGGGCAACAGGAAUUGCUCUAAACCUGGCAGUUGUUUGAACACCCAGAGACCAAUUAUGGAUUGAGCCUGGCGCGCACAGGCAACCUGCAUACAGUUGUCAGUUGGCUUACCCUUUGUACCAGCCUUGCAGUUAAGCACUAGCCUGGUAGCCAUAAGUGACCGGGAAUUCUGUUCAGGCAUGUGAAUGGACUAACGGAGGAGGGAUAGAUCACUCCAUUUCUCUACCACCAUCAGUCUGUUUGAGUCUUGUGUUAGCUGCAGUGGAAGGAAGGUUUCAUCCUCCACAACCAGGAUAGAUAACUGAGCCUCCUCUGCCAGUCUGCUUGGUGGAAGAACUUUUCCUUUCAUAGCCUGUGUGUCAAAACUGGCUAUGGAGGAAGGGUAUGCUGCUCUCGCACUGCAAUUUGCUUUAAGCUGUAGGACUGCUCCGGGGCUCAGGGUGUGGUGUUCUGUUGAGUGGGCUGCCUCUGUUGAAAUGGGGUGAUGGGGAGUUUGCUUGCUUAUGUGAAUGGGUCCUCCAGCCUGUGUUAUGAGCUCUGUUGCUGGGCAGGCUUCCCCUCCUACCAACAAGCUGGCCUUACGCAGGGGCCUGUUAGGAGAAGGCACUGCUUUUCUUGUGAAAUGACAGUUGAGGUGUCAUUGCUUAGACUUAACUGGCUGCAAGAGGUUUCCCUGCUUUAUCUGUGUUGCUGCCUUUUGCAAAGGCCCUUAUUUCCUCCUCUACAGGGCCCUGGAGCAACCAAGGGGCCUGGGAACGGGGCUGUUUGCUGUAGUCUUACAAGGAGGCUUGGACUGUUAAUGGGAGCAAGAAGGAAGGUGCAUUUAACUCCUGGCCACAUAGAGUCAAAGGGCAACAGUAGAGCUGCUUUUUUAAAGUCUUCUAAAACUGUGUGGGUGUCAGAUGUGCAAGCUGCCAUUGUCCUGUCUUAUAAAGAGGCACUAAGCCUCAGUCGCAUCACUGUGACAUAAAUCCGGAAAUGUUUUUCUCGAGCCAAAUAGUCUCCUGAUGAAUAUUGUAAUGGGCUGAAUAUUCUGCUGCUUCUUGGCAAGAAUUAGCAAAACAUUUCUGGCACUAAGUGUGCCACUGAGCCAUCCAGCAGGGAGGAGGAUGAGGUGUGUGAGAUUCUGUGUCAGUGAGGUGAGCAAGCCAGCAGGGUGGGAGUACCUGGUGUAUAGAGUCUCAGAAGCAAAUGGUUUGGCCUACAGGCACUGCUGGCAGACACAGAGGACAGCUAUCUCUGCCAUGGUUCAGCCCCCCCCCCCCCAGCAUCAUUCAGGAGAUGAAACAUUGGGCUGGACAGAUUCUUGCUCUUGACCCAACAUGGCAAAUGUUGCAGUUAAGUGCCUUCAAGAUAACCAUUGCUUUUAAGUGAGAUAGUAGACACCCCCUGUUGAAAACCUGAAGUUAAGGUUAGUUCCUUGUAUCCGGGCUUUUGCAUCAAUGGCAUGUCUGAAGGUACAAAGUGUGAGUCUAGUUGAGAGUUGAGGCAGCAGUGGGAAGGCAGUUUCCAUCCCGGUUGCCGUUGCUUGUCAUGUCUUUAACCAUCUUUCUUCUCUCUCCAAUGGCAGGCCCCUUACCCCUCUGGACAGAACGCCGCACCGACUACGCUGGUGUACCCGCAGGCCCCUCAGACGAUGAGCACCCAGCCUCAGACGCGCUCGCCGGUAAGGGAGCCCUUAUUUCACCUGCGUGUUGUGCUGCAUCUAUCCAGCCGUCCAGCAAAGCCAUUGCGUUGCACUUCCUAACCUUUUUGCGAGUAGCUUCCCUGAGAAAAAGGCACCCGAAGGACUUCCCCUCUGCUUCCAGGUGGCACAAGUGACGUAGUGUUGAAGCCCUCUGGGGCUCUCAGAGAUGAAGAGUCAGAUCCUUUUUUUUCUGCAAGUAAAUUUUUAUUCAGAAUUUGUAUAAAGAAAAGAAAAAAGAACUAACAAAUACAAAAAUAAACAUUUUAACAUAAAUUAUUCAUCCUAUUUUCAUACUAUACAAAAAAAAACCAUAUGUUCAUACAAAAAAUAAUAAUAUAACCAUUAGGCUCUCCUUAGCCUUUGACUUCCCUUCACCCUUUUGGUAAGUAUCAAAUAAGUCCCGGGUUGCGUAAUUAGUUUAUUAAAGUUUAUAGUUAUUAGCUGAUAAAGUUUUUCUAAUACCGCCAGUUCCUCCUAUAUAUCCGUUCCAAUAUAUUUCCAAAACUUACUCCAAUUUUUUUGAAAUUUCUGGUCGUCUUGGUCUCGUAUUCUGCCUGUUAAUCUAUCUAGCUCGGCAUAGUUGAUCAUUUUGACCUGCCAGUCACUUAUGUUAGGAAUAGUUUCUAUUUUCCAGUUUUGUGCCAGCAUAAUUCUUGCGGCUGUGGUGGCAUAGAGAAAUAUUUUUUAUCUUCAUUUUUUAUUUCCUUACCCAUUAUUCCCAGCAAAAAGGCCUCAGGUCUCUUGGGAAAAGUGUAUUUAAAAACUUUUUAAGUUCAUUAUAGAUUACUUCCCAAAAACCUUCACCUUGCUGCAUUGCCACCACAUAUGGUAGAGGUCUCCCUCCCCUUCACCACAUUUCCAGCAUGUCUUAUUUUCUGAUCUAUAGAUUUUAGCCAAUUUUGCCGGCGUAAGAUACCAUCUAUAGAGCAUUUUCCAAACAUUUUCUCUCAAACUCGUACAGGCCGUAAAUUUAAUGUCUCUAUUCCACAAUUUCAACCACUUUUCAAACUCGAUGUUAUAACCGAAGUCAAUUGCCCAUUUAAUCAUUGCCUCUUUGACUUCCUCGUCUUUUGUAUGCCAUUCCAGUAAUAUGUCAUAUAAUUUAGACAAUGUUUUGUUUUUGCCUUCUAUUAUUUCUAUAUUGAAUUUUGAUUUCUUGUCCUCAAAGCCCAUUUUUCUUUUAUCUUGUUUUAACAUAUCAUUCACCUGAUGAUAUUGUAACCAGCCGGUGAAUUGAUCCUUUAUUUCCUCAUACGGUUUAAGUUUAAGCCCUUGUUCUGAUUUUCUUAGCAAAUCUUCGUAGGUGGCUGUCUUCCCUUCCAUGUUGGUUUUUUUAUUGUUAAGACCUCUACUGGUGAAAUCCACCAUGGUGUUUUUCUUUCGAGAAGGUUCUUAUUUCUUUCCCAGACCUGAUAUAUUGGUCCCCUGAAAAUAUGGUUUAAGAAAGCCCUGUGGACUUUCACCUUCUCGUACCAGAGAUAUGCGUGCCACCCAUACCGGUUAUUGAAACCUUCUAAAUCCAGUAGGUCUCUGUUCUCCAAUUUUAUCCAAUCUUUUAACCAAAGUAGGCACGCUGCUUCAUAAUAUAGGCUCAAAUCUGGGAGGGCAAAACCUCCUCUUUCCUUUUUAUCAAUUAGUAUUUUCAUUUUAAUCCUUGGUCUUUUCCCCUGCCAGAUGAAUUUCAUCAGGGUUCUCUGCCAUUCUUUACAUUGUUUUAGACCUUUAAUAACUGGAAGAGUUUGAAAUAAAAACAACAUCCUCGGCAAAACGUUCAUUUUAACCACUGCUAUCUUCCCUAAAAAGGAAAAUUUCAUCCCCCCCAUAUUUCCAGAUCUUUCUUUAUUUUUUUCCAUGUAACUUCAUAAUUAUCUUUAUAUAGGUUUAUGUUUUUGCCGUAAUCCACACUCCCAAAUAUUUCACUUUUUCACCACCAGGAGUUCCACUUUUUGUUCUAGAUCUUUCGGUUCUUCCUUAGUUAGAUUUUUAACCAGCAUUUUAGUUUUAUUCUUGUUUACCUUAAAACCUGCCACCUCUCCAAAUUCCUCAAUUUUUGUAAUGCUUCUUUUACACUAUCUUGUGGAUCUUCCAAAGUCAAAACAAUAUCGUCGGCAAAGGCUUUAAUUUUGAAUUCCUUCUUUCCUACUCUAAUUCCUUUCACUUCUGUUGCCUCCCUCAGUCUUGAAGAGUCAGAUCCUUUUUUGAGUUGCCUGCCUGCUCUCCAGAAGCCUGUAAAUGCCUACUCCUGGGCACUUCUGUCAUUGCCUAUGGUACUGGUGCCCUGCUGCCAGAGGGGGCCCUGAGCCCGGCUUCAAUCUCUUGUGUUGAUCCAUACCACCUUGCAUCAUAAGUUUGAGUGAUACAACCUGUGCCUUUCAAGGCUGUGUCUUCUGGUGGUGGCUGUUGUGUGGUAGAUGCAUGGACACCCCUCCCUUUGUGUCUUUACCUUUUACUGCCCCCUUCUUUAAAGGGCUUGUAGCGAGUGGGGAAGGAGAAACUUGUUUCCUGCGGCCAAUGCAAUUCUGGGCUCCUGUGCUCACAGCCCUGCUGGUUCCAGCUGCACACUCUUGUUUUUUUGUCUAGAAAAGGACCCUCCAGCUCAUUCCCUCCUCACUCAGCCCCAGUAGUUGGCCACAAUCCUGCUCUAUAACAAACUGGUAUUGAGCAGCAGAAGGGACACCCUUCCAUCCCCAGCCACCCUUACUGUAGUAGGGCAUGUUCCUCCCUGUUACGAUGCGCAAAAAGCAAGAGCUGAAACAUUGAUGGCUGAAACGAGAGGGGAGAGUCUGACUCGAGAGCCGUGUCUCUAAACCAGUUUUCUUGACAGCCCAGCAGAGCAGUGCCAGUACAUUGCCCAGACAACUGGAAGCGGAGGAAGGUUUUGGAACAGAGUCCGGUUUACAGGUCCUUGGCGGGAAGAGGCUGGAUAAAAUACUGCAUUGUAAGCAAUAUAACAAACUGUACUCCCUUCUUGCAGGCAGUCGUGCCCCCGCGGCACCCCUUUCAGUUCUGUUGCUUUUUUUGGUUUCAUUUUUUGACCACAUUGUUGACUGAUCUACAGAAAAGCACUGAUCCGAUCUCUGCUUUAAGCCGCUGUGUCUUGCGGGCUGCCGCAUUCAGCGGCAGUUUGGAAGGGGCCAAGGCUGUCGAAGGUGGUGGCAGGAAGAAAUUGAGGCAGGGUGCCCCCUCCUUAAAAAAAACCCACAACAGCCACAACCCAAUAACCCUAUUACAAAUUUUUCAGGUGGUCUGAGUGAUCAGGUACCUGAGAUUUACUUUUCUAGCCCUUGUGAUGGAUUUGCAUUUGAUUGGAUUAGUCACUCGAGGGAAAUUGGCAAGAACUCCUCAAAACAGGAACUUUCCCCAAUUUUGGCAGAAACCUUAAGACAGAAGAAGCUACCUAUAACGUCAGCCAUUUUUCUGUGGUCAUGAACAAUCCCCCCUCUAAAAUAUUACCCUGCGUGCAGUCUUCUGCCAUCGUCACGUUUUGUGAUCAUUACCACCCCAUGACUAAAAAUUGCUCACAUAACAUUUCAUUUCCCCCACUCACCUCUCCUCCUCCCCUCGCAAGUCCAAAACAAAUGCAAAAUGGGCUAGGCUGAGCAGCUCUUGCAUUUCGUUCUGGGCUUGGUUUCCAUUGGUUUAUUCUCCCCGUCCCCCCUUUGUGGCCCUGAAGGGAGGCUUGGGGGAGGGUGAGCGAGGGAGAGCGAGAGAGAGAGAAAGAGAGACAGCCCCCCACCCACUACGGCACCAGAGCCCCAGCUGAGGGAGCUGGUGGGCCCUGGAGUUGUUUUUGUGCUGGCAAAUGAAGGGAUCCUAGUUCUUCUUCCCAUAGCUGCCCUUCAGCUUACUCCAAUCUAUUUCUGCAUUCAAGGGCCAUUGGCAAUUGCAUAGCCUCUGCCUGGACACAGCUACCUUUGCCAUUCAGGUAGCUUGGUGUCAUUCCCAGGCAAGUUUUCUGUUACGGCAGGGCCAGUGCCUCACAAUCUGCAUGCUAAUUCCAGUUGGGAAGACUUUAAAAACUUUUCAGUGAAUUUCUAAAUUGCAACAGGUUUUUGUUUCUUUUUAAAGCAAUUUGGCCAUCGUAGCGAAAAUGCUGAAGUGGGGAAGAGAAGAGCUAUAGUGGGAGGCUUUGUUUUCAAAUGGCCACAGCCAGUGUGCCCACAACGCAGCUUUAACCCAUGGCGGGAGAGGGGGCCCCCUGCCAAAUAUGCACAGAAGGAAUUGGAAGCAAGACCAGCAUCUGGCAGGCAAAAAUUGUAACUCCAGGCAAAGGGAAAAAGGAAACCUAUUUUUAAUCUGAGCCAGCAGUGACUACAGUUUGUUCUGUUGCUUACAGUUAUUUAAUAGAGAGAGGGGCAGAGAGAGAGGCAGAGAGAAAGAAUUCUGUCCGCAGGAAUUAUGCAGCCAAUAGCCAAUGGUGACAAGUGCAAAAUAGACUAGGGUCUUUCUUUUUUCCUCCCACUAACGUUGAAGUUUUAUUUAUUUUUCAUAUAACAUAUUUACUGGGCCGUUGGUUUUCACAUAAUUUUAUUAAGUUGCAACUAUCUGGCUCUGAUUUCUGAGCUGUUUAGAAGUGAUACUUCCUGUGGAACAGUGAUAAGACAGGUACUUUUGCUUUUGGACAGAUGAACACCAGUUUUUUUGGUCUGUUACUGGUGUGCAUUUGCUGAUUUUCUGGGAAUAUAGACUUUCUAUCCCUCAACCUAUUUAACCAGAAGUAGACAUGCUUAAUGCUUUAUGCUUCUCUGGUCAGAUAUUUACCAUCCUACUUUGCUUGUGCCCCCACUUUUCACACUAGAGGCAGAGCAAAUUUUGAACCAUAUUUCUGUGCCAAAUUUAAUAUAAGAACUAGCAGCCAAUUCUUGCUCUGAAUUUGUGUGUUUCUCAACAGCUAGAGGAUCAGUAGAAUGGCAGAGUUGAGCAAACGGGCCAGAAACUGUCCGUUCAGCUGUGUUAAAGUGUUUAGGAAGUUUCAAGGAGCACAUUGAGGUUUUGAGAAAAAAAUGACACUUAUCUGUUAGGCGUUUUGAUGGAAAACAAGUGAUCUCUUUCUGCCUGAAAUAGACGCUGCAGCCUGUUCUGUAGGUUUGUAUGCUAGUGAGAGACUGUCUGCCGUUUAUGUUUCUGAAUAUUAUAUUUGGUGUAGAAAGUAGGUUAUUUAAGUGUAUCACAGUAAACUUUGGCACUUAAGAAAGCUGGUUUCUGCUGAGAAAGAGCUUGAACUCUCCAGAUGUUUCCGCAAGGUAGUGGCAGUUGAUCUGAAGGCUCUGGUAGUUUCCUUGAUUUCUGAUGACACUCUCUCUGCUUGUUGGUUGUUGUUGUGAACUCAUUUGCAGUCUCCUUUUUUGCUUUAUUGUUCAUAGCAGAUUUUCUGUUAAUGUUCGGGGGGGGGGAAUAGUGAGUGUGGCUUUUCUCAUGUGGGAGAGGAUAGGGGAGAAAUAUUGAGUUGAUUCCACAGCAUUGCAGGUCUACCCGUCCCCACACGCUCAGCUGCACUGAAUAUGCCGCAGGAUUUUGCUUGCUUUCCGUUAAAAAAGGAAGGAGAGCCCAGUGAAGUUUUUAGAGGUUUCUACAGCUGCACUUAGAAAGCUUCAUAUAUGCCAAGAUAUCAGCAUCCCUAGGUGAGGCUGACUUGUCUUUCAAGUUGUGGCUGUGCCACAAACAGGGCUCUCCAUCCUGCACUCAGCUUUGAUGCGCAUCAGCAAGGGCUGGCCUGCCUUGCUUUUUUAAAAUAAUAACUUAGUGUUUGGUUUUUCAGCAAACCCUUCUCCCCCUGCCCUCCUUCAACUAUGUUAGUGUUAGGGUGUCUUUUGGCUAUCUAACAACUUUGGCAGGCACCUCCACCACCCACAUUUUGAGCAGUGCAUUCACCUGGCAGCAGAGUUUUACCUUCUGGGUUUUUGGUACCUGUCUGUCACUGUCCUGCAGCACAGCUUUGACCCUGAGAGUGUGUGUGUGUGUAUGUGUGUUGGGUUUUUUGUUUGAUUUCCCCUUGUGGGUUUCUUUUGCAUACAGUGUGACAGUUUUUGCCUUUUGUUGUGGUGUUUCUGACUCUCUGUGCCUUUCCUUUUUGUGUUUUUGUUUCUCCUGCUUCUCCUCAGUUUGCAGCGGGGCCUCGACCUGCCCAUCAUCAUCAGGUACAGUACCCUCCUUGCCCCUCUUCACUACGCCUCCCCUUUGCUGCCAACUGGUUGGGAGGAAAAUGUGCGGGGGGGGGGUGUUACUUGGCUGGCCCUCCACUAAUUCCGCAGGCCAUGUCCUGCACCUUGCUUUCUUAGAACCCCCCCCCUUUCUAAAGAGCCCCCUAACCCCAUGGCACAGUCAAGCUUCAGCUUCUAACGGUUACUAAUUCUGUUGCAUCAAUUAACAACCCCACUAACUGUGCUCCCUGGCUUUUGCUGCUGCCACAAAGCUUUCUGAUGGCUGUUGGUCUGGGAUCUUUGAUGUUUGCUUGGUCAGGGGUGUGCGUGCGUGUGUGUGUGUGCUUAGUUUGGUUAUCUAGUUCUCUUGGGCACCAGGGGAAAUGGGGUCAGAAUCCAAAAGACUUGCCCGGAGCAAUUGCCACAUUACAAUACUCCCAAGUACUUUCCAUUCUGAGGAUGGCAACAUUCCACCUGAAAUAAAAACACUAUGAACGUCUACCGCAGUCAGGAGACUGCUUGAUUUUCUUUACCAAAUAGAGCCAUGCUAAGUUGGAAACACGAGAAAAAUCUUGAAUAGUGAAAUCGGAUUCUGGGUUCAGGGGUUUUUCUCUGGUCUUGUGGGGCUGGCCCAGCCCACCUUCCAUGCCCCCUUCAAGGCAGCAUCUAGGGGAGGUGUUCAGCAUCUGAGGUUGACUGCUAUGGAUGGACCUAUGAGUCCGCCACAUUUCUACAACCCAUCCUUGGUCAGAAACAACUCAUGAGAAGGGGGUUGCACUGUUGUUUCAUCUGAGCCGAAGCAUAGUGGAGUGGUGAAAGUGUAGGUCUGUGUAGCCCAUCACACGAGUCACAUCAUAGGAGGGGUGUUCCUCCCCAUGUAGCCUUAAAUCAUCAGGGAAUAAGUUAAUUAUGAUGUGCUCAUCUUCUCUCUCCCCGCCCCCCCCCAAACAGACAGCCUGAGUUACUCUUGUGGCUGCUACUUGCUGUGUGGAGGGGUGUGGCUUUUAGAGGUGCUGUUUCUGGUUAAAAUGUUGUGGUUUCUUCAGUUCUACAUGCUGGAGAUGCCAGAUCCCAUAUUUUCUGUGGCUGUUAAAAGGGUCCAUAUCAGUGGGGGGCAGGGGAGUACUGGGCUUCCUGGCUGGUGCUGUAGAUUUUCAAAUAUCCUUUUACCAUCUUCAGUGCUGGACGCGGUUACAGUUAGGUUAGCUUAGCUUUAGAGACGGCUUUGAAAAGUGUUGUAACUUGCCGUAAACCUUUAUGGUGUCCCAUUGAUUAGAAACCCAACUCAAAAUAAUCAAGGGUUAGCUUGGAACCAGAGUUCAGCUUAACUUCACAUGUUACCAAAUGGGUGAUGAGGAGGCAACUGGAUUGAUGGAGAGUUGUGGAGAGCUUCUUGGUUAUCAGGUGCAACUUGAGGUUCCUUCCCUCUCUCCUGCUGCCACUGAAAAUGACAGGAACUCUGAUAGUCUAAUGCAGAGCACUCUCAGAGGCAUCAUUUCCUGCAGUUAUUGUGUCAUAAGAUGUUCAGGUCAGUGUGACUCAUGUGCUCGCGCCAUUAACUGGCAGCUCCUCCGGCCCAGCUGCUGUGACACUUGGUGAGGCUCAUUGAACUUGCCAACUGCUAUUUGAAGACCGAGGGGGCUGUGGGCACGUCUUCCUCCAGGAGGAGCGCUAUUCCUGGGGCCCUUCUUGCUUCUGCGCUCAUUCAAUUAGCGCAAAGUGUUUGCACAAAGAUGUGCAACACAAAGCUGUUGGAAGCAACUGUGAACUCCCCUGUGGGGAGGAGCAGCAAACCUUGUCAAGGAAAGGAGGGAGGGUGUGAAAACACUCUGCUUACCAGGAACUGAGGUUUGCCUUAGAGUGGGAGGGGUUUCUCCUUGGCAGCCUUUGACUCCUGCCUCAUUAGGGAAUCACAUUUUCUAUUUAAGAAAAUUUCUAUUUUAGUUCCCGCUGGGCAGAUGCUGUGAAUUCUGUCAGGCCUCUUAGUUUCGGGACUGCUGAGCAAGGAUUCUUGUGCCAGUCUUGUUUCUCCAGCAGGCUCGGUCCCUUCUACACACUUCUGGUGUGGUACACAGGUGGAACAAUCCCUGCCCUCCCCGAUUGGCUCUGUCACCUUCCAAAGGGCAGGGUUUCUUCUGAGCUCUUCAAGCUCCCAUUUCCACUUACUUUCUUUUUUCCUCUCUUUCUCUCUCCCACCCCCCUUCCUUAGAUAGUAUCUGAGGGUCCCAAGAUACCAUGUUAGAGAGUAAAGCAGUAGCAGGGGAGUAACCUUCCCACCACCCAGCCAAGAUGUUGUGCUCAAACUGCAGCUAGGUGCCUUGAGCCAGAUCCACCCCUCCUCUGAUCCUGGAAGAAAAUGAGCUAUUUGUUCACACACUCACUCUGCCCUCCAUUCAGGCAAACAAGAAGUGUGACUAGUGGUCAAGGACACAUUCCAGAAAGGCUAAAACAUUUGGGGUUCAAAGCAAGGGCUAGUGAUUGGUGCUGCCUAGAGUCCUGAGGGCCACCAGAUCGAGAAGCCUGGAGAGCUGUGUUCAGGCCCUGGGUCUGAGGCCCUCUAUCUCUUCCCUAAUGGAAGCAGUUUUGCUCAUCCUCUCAUUCAGAGGCUGCUCUGUCAGGCAGCUGAAACUGUUGGGCUUGGGAAGUUUGGUGUGUCUGGGCAUCCCACUGAUGACCACCAUCACAAAGCCUGCAUCUUAACAGCACCAGCCGUGAGGGCCAGGGACAAGCCAGUGGGCCUGCUGCAUAGGGUUGGCCUUGACUCUUUGUGUCCUGAUUUAGCACAAAGUGCUCCUCCAGUGGGAUUUGGAACAGGGGCAGGUAUUUUGAACUGUUUGGCAGAACGAUUAUAAAACAGAGAAAAGAACACCAAUUCAUCUCUGACUCUCUGCUGCAGCCAUGGCCUCCAUCAUCUUGUCUGGAACCCUGAAUUUCUUCACUAGUCUGUUAGUAUUGCAAGUUGCAGGAGUUGGGAUCUGGGAGGGGAGUAGCAGCUGCAGGAGUCUUGCAUGUUCCCCUUCCAGACCCUUUUCUGGUGCUGUUUUCAGAGCAGCAUUUUGGGAUUUCUUUCCAGCUCUUGAAGCUGGUCAGGUACUUCGUUGUGUUUGCUUGAUCAUCAAAGAGACUUUGGCUAGUUGAGUCCCUGAGCGGCUGCUGGACCUGGUCUGCUCUCUAAACAGGAAACAAAAUGCAAAGCUCCAAAGCAUCACUUUUCCUUCUCUCCGCCCCACAGGCUGUCUCAGCAGGUCGAAAGUGGUUCUUUUGAGGGGUGGCCCAGACAAUCUCCGAAUUCCUUACGAUCCCAUCUGUGCCAGUUUUACAUGCCUGGAGAGCUUUCCAGCUGAUGUAUUGUGCAGCCUUGAGAUUUCUCUGUAAGCAAGGCUGCUUUCCAAGGAGAGAGAACUGAGGCAGGCUUGUCCGAGGCCAGCCGGUACAUCCCUGGUGGCUGUGGUUUGACUUGACCCUGAGCUCAACCCCCUUGCACUGCUUAGAGCAGGACAAAAUUUGUCAGUGGCCUGCUGUGUGUCCUGGUUUCUGUGCAGAAGAUUGAAAGAGGAGGCCUCAUGGCCAUCUAAACCUGGAGUUGCCAGCCAGCAAGGCUGCUCUUGAUAGCCAGCAUAGCUGUCCGUCCCUGCCUGUAGCCGCAUCCCAGGGGUUGUCUUCUGCAUCUCUCCUCCUCCCUAUCCACCCUGGAGGUGGAUCUCUUCAGACAGGUGGCUCAUUCUGUCCUCUGCAGACAACCUGUGGCUGUGAGGCAGGGAGCCUUCCCUACCCUUCCCUUCCUGCUUGACCACUAAACUUGGGGCUGGUUUCUCUCAUCUUUUUUUGAGACCAUCAAGAGGAUUUUAGCAGGGUUCUGAUGAUCAUUGGGCUGUUUCUGUUGGAGAGGAGAAGGGACCCCCAGGAAAGGGUAGUUGUCGAUAGGGCAACUUUUCCCAACCAUUUUCUUUCCACUGAAGCUUUAGUCCCUUGUUGUGUUUUGAGGAAAGCUAAUGUCAGUGAAACAAAUACUAAUUUUAGAAAGCCCUAGACUGUUGCAUGAUGGUGACUCGGGCCAUGAAGGAGUCCUCGAUGCCUACUGGAGGGGCUAGGCAGAAGGAGGGCCUUAGGUUGCAUGCUGGAACCCCACCCACCCCUCCUGUUGUUGACCUGUCAGCUGUUCCAUUGGCUUUCUUUCUAUUUCCUGCUGCUUUCUUGCUUCGUUGUUGAAGGGAGGAUUCAGACCCAUCCAGGUAACUUUCACUACUGGUUCUGCAUGGCCUCACUGCCUCUCGAUCACAUGCGCCAUUAGCGGCCAGGUGUCUUAGUGCCUGACGCAUCAUUUCGCACAUUGAAUGUUGAGCGUUGGGAGAUGUCGUCGUCACACGUCCCUAGUCCUCUGGUUGACAUUUGUAUGGUCAGAGAAGUUAAAUUUAGAUCCAGGAAGGGGUUGCCGUCUACUUAGAUCAUGCCCGGAGUGAUGAAGAAGCUUCCCCAGUUUCAGGCAGGUCAAGGAAGGUAAGUGUGUGGUUGGCCUAGGACUGAACGCCAGGUCAGGUGUCAGGUUCCUCUUGGCAUCCCCUUUAGAGAAGUGGCCUUAUACAGUCCAUCUCCAAAUGACACCCAUCACCAUUCCUGCCCUGCCCCCUCACUUCCAGGGCAGGACUCGUUAGAUGCAAAGACUAUCCUGGUCAGACUCAUCACUUUUCUCGGCCCACCUGCGUUGCACGUGGGGCAAGUGGGCUUCCGAGGCAGAAGACCCUUGGCCAGAGAGGGCCAGCUAGUUGUUGAUCAGGUGCAUGGCGAAAGCACCAUGAGUGCGGCGCACUGCUCUUCCAGGAGAUGGCCGGCUAAAAUAUGGGGCUCCUUGCUUCCCUCCUCCAGUUUUUCCAGAGGCCUCAAAUCCAGCCUCCCAGAGCAACGAUCCAGAAUAGCAGCCCUUCCAUCCGUCCUGGUGCACAGACGCCAACCGCUGUCUAUCAGACCAAUCAGCACAUCAUGAUGGUGAACCACCUUCCUAUGCCGUAUCCAAUGCCUCAGGGCCCCCAGUACUGUAUACCACAGGUAAGGUCACAGCACCCUUAAAAUGAUACAGUUGACUUGCAUGUUAACCUGCACAAUCACAGCUUCACAGGCUUGGCACCCAGCCAGUUAACAGGGCACAAAUUAAACCUGCGCAAGGUGAAGAACUCAUUAAGCCUGUGUGAGAGCUUCCCAGUCCCUGGUAAGCAAGUGAGAGAGCUUAAAAGCUCUCUGCCUUGCAUGGGGAGGGCAAGACCCACACAAUGCACUGGCAUUUCAGCAAGGUAGCGAUGCUCAUGCCAGGGUGUUUCCAGGGUUGUUUUGACUAUAAGCAAUUUUGGUUUUAUGUGACAUCCCCAGAAAGGAACCGCGGCGCAAGUUGCGAGUUGACUGUAAAGUUUUGCCAUUAAUGGCAGGUAGGGCAAGUCAGGGAGGGAGGCAUGUAAGUGCUCCUGUUCUUUAAUUCGGCUGGUGGUGACGAUGUAUCUGCAGCUGCCUGCAGGUUGUGUUCAAUGUCAGCCCUCCUGUGACUCAGCUGGGUGCAAGUUAAAUCCACAGCACAGGUGUGCUUCCGUUUCCCUCCUUCCCCUGAGUUUUCAGUCCUUGGGUGGAAAAGGGGAAUCGGGGCAGGUCUGGGAGGAAUCUCUGGCACUUGGUAUGCAGGCACCUGCCUUACCCAGGCCAUUGGCCCACCUAGCUCAGUAUUGUCUACACUGACUGGCAGCAAUGGCCCCUAAGGUUUCAGGAGAAGGGGUCUUUUCCCAGCCCUAUGUGAAGAUGCUGCCAGGGAUCAAACCUGGGGGCCUUCUGCAUGCCAAGCAGGGGCUCUGCCACUUUGCUGAGACCCUUCCCCUGGAAUUUUGGAAUCUUCAAUAUAUUUGUUUAUUUAUUGCUUUUUUAGCUCCCAGCAUUCCUCAAAGGUGUUCAGAGCAGCAUCGCAUGGGACUGUAUCCAGCUAAGUUUUACUCAGAGUAGACCCAUCAAAAUGAACACACCUAGGUUAACCAAGUCUGUUGAUUCCAAUGGAUCUCCUCUGAGCAGGCCUACUGUUGGAUACAACCCAUGAUGUUCAGUCUCCCCCUUUUUAAGUCUUCACAACAACCCUGUGAGGUAGGUGGCUGCGCCCUUUGUAUUGCCCUCCACUGCUGCAUCUUUUCCCUCUUUGCUCUGCCUGGUGUGGGAAGAGAGGCCAGUAAGUAGUCUGGAAUUGUAUUGAUUGUGGACUUAGUCCCUGCUGCCAAGGGACCAGCAGGUCAGGAAGUGGGCGACAAACUGCCCAGCACUUGCCAUGAGGCCAAGAGUUGGCAUUUGCAGGGCCGAGUGGGGAACUGCAUUAAUGGCAUCAUUAAUAAGUUAGCAGGAUAGCUUUUCCUGCUCAUAAAGCGCCGUGCGCCAUUUUCUGAGCCUCUUGUGCCAUUUCUGUUUCAGUAUCGUCAUAGCGGCCCUCCGUAUGUGGGCCCCCCACAACAAUAUCCCGUUCAGCCGCCAGGGCCUGGACCAUUUUAUCCAGGACCGGGACCCGGAGAGUUCCCCAACGCCUAUGGUAAGAAGAGGUUUCCUUUGAAGGGGGAUGGGUAGCAGAGCAAGGGCCAUUUGAUAUGGUCCUUUCACCCUGUAGACUGACCUUUAUGCAAACCAGGCUUCCUGUGUUCGUAUUCCACACCUUCAGCACUGUAGCAUUCCCAUUUUGGCUUCUCUGUGUUAAAAUGAAUAUACAGUAGGCCUGCAGGUUACAUUCCAGGGGUUCACAUGCAAAUGCAAAAUCAUGCAAAGCCAGGAAAAACCCCAGAAUCACCCCCGUUUAACUGUCCCUGUCUUACUGGACUCUGGGAAGGUCAUGCGAGGCCUCUGGAAGAGGCGGGGGAGCUUCUGUGAGAUCUUGCUGGAGUCUCACACAGUCUUCCAGAGGUGUUGCGCAGCCUUCCCAGAGCCUUCACCUUGCUUAUCAAGAUCUGGGAAGGUUGCAUGAGAUCUUGUAUGAGCCCUUAUGGCUGCCUGCCCCCUCCAGUUCGUUUAUUUUCCUGCCAUCUGCACAAAGCUGCAGUUGUGCAAAUAAAUCACAUGUAAGUUGCAGGUCUAAAUUGUGACUUGAGUAGAUUUUCCUCUUUAAUUUUGAUGAAUGAAUUCUGUCACUUUGGCUGCAUUGCCUUAUUGGUGCGCUCUGGUCAUCCUGGGGCAGAGGGGGCAGGAAGAGAGUUAGGCAAGGACAACCAAAGCACUUAACUGCUGGAGAGCUUGCUUGGAGAUAUUCCUUUGGCACCUGAGGUCAGAGCCAGCCUUGCCAUCAGAAGGCGUAAAAUGGUGUUUUAAAAAAAGAGGUAUGGGAGUGGAUUGGGGGCUGAAAAUCUCUGGAAGCUGGAGUCUGCCCAGCUUUCUUGUGAAAUUGGGGCAUGUUCACCACUUUGCUUAGAACCUUUGGCAAAUAGGAGACUCUGAGGUCUUUACUUUCUUAGGAGUAGAGGGUGCACUUUGCUUUAUUGGCUCUGGCGGCAAUUUUGUGUGUGUGUGGGCGCGCGCGCGUGUGUGUGCAUGCAUGCAGAGGUUGAGGAGGUGGCUUUGUUCCUCCAGGAAAGAAACUGAGCCUGUCAUGUCAUUGGCCCAUUCCUAUGGAACUCUUUGCCACUGGAGAUUCAGCGGGCGCCUUCUGUGCCAACUUUUAAAUGCCUACUGAAAACUCUUCUGUUCCACUAAGCCUGUGCAGGCAGUUAAUAGUACAUCCUUCCACAGUGGUCUAAUAAUGCUUGUUUUUAUUUUUUUUAUGGUUUUACUGUAUGGCUUUUCAUUGUAGUAAGCUGCUGUGAUAUACACACACAUAUGCAAGCCUGGGGGGGGGGGCGCGCAUUCCCAAGCAGAGGGAGCAAGUGGCCCCUCAUUUCCCUGACCUUGAAAGAGGAAAACUAGGAGUCACACUUUGAGGUAGCUCGUCCUGGGUGAAGGGACGUGGCUUUGAGCGCUUUGCCACAGGCAGGCAGCCAAAGGAGUGCGCCUAAGAUUUUCCUUGUCCCCCUUUACCCACCGCAGGGGCACCUUUCUACCCAACUCCCCCGGUGUAUCAGUCCACACCCAUCAUAGUGCCUACGCAGCAGCAGCAGCAGCCAAUCCCACCAGCCAAGCGGGAGAAGAAAACGGUAAGAGAGCUCUGCAGCUGAACGCUGAGCCCUGUGGGUUGAAGGGAGACGCUGGAAACUGGGGAGGUUGACACUCCCCUCACCAUGGGAGGAGUCUCUCUCACAGGUGUUCUGUUUAAAGCCUUUGUUGUUAUUUACUCACCUUCCUCCUAUGUGUUUUAAGGUGAUAUAUGCAAUAUAAUCAAAACAGUUUAAAAUAGCAGCAAACGAAUGGGAAAACCCUAAAAAGAAACACCCAUUGUGGAGACCUCAGCCACUUAGAAAGCUUUUCAGAACAAAAAUACCUCUUGGCAACACCUUAGUGGGCGUUAUAAUGGGGGUACCUUUGGGGGUGGGGGUGUAACAUUAUAAAAGGGGCACCUCUUGGGGUGGGGUUUCCUUCCACCAUGUGCUGCUGUGGCCCUUGGUGCGGCCCUCUGAACUGUGAGUUGCGAGUGUCAUGCUCCCCUCACAGCAUGAGGCUGGACCCCCAGCCAAGCCACUUUUUGGGGGAGGUGAUUUGAGCGGGUGCUUCGUUCCAUCCUUUCCAGAUCCGCAUCCGAGAUCCCAACCAAGGGGGCAAAGACAUAACGGAAGAGAUCAUGUCUGGUGGAGGAAGCCGCAACCCCACACCUCCCACGGUCAGGCCCUCGUCCACGCCCACCCCACCCCAGGUAACUGCGUGGGGACGGACACAUGGUGGUAGGAGGCUGGCACUCAUUCUCUGCCGUAGCCUCCUUGCGCAGCGUCUGUAUCCCGGUGGCGCUUCUUGCCCUCACCCUCUCCUUCUCAUCAGCUGCAAGGCAAAGCCAGUCGUCCUUGGAAAACUUCUUGCCAGAGAUGAGCCAGCUUCUGAGGGCAAGGAAAGUUGGAGAAGGACCUUGGCUGCUUCAGGCGGGAGGGUCUCCAGGACUUGGGUUGUGGAACAUGCCCCAAUUGUAGCUCCUCUCGGUUUAUUGUUAUUCAACACUUGAUUUUUUUUUAACAAAGUGCUUUGAAAGGCUUUCAGUUGAAUUGUGGCAACCUUUAAAUAGUUGGGUAGGGGAGAGGCAUGCUUUCCCCCCCAAUUCCAUGGCAUGGGGGGUGUCCAGAUAACUGGUUGUGCCUUCUCCCUUCUCGCUGCUGUGAAUAGUAAUUUGUCUUUCUCCUCCUGCUGCUUUUCUCCCUCCCUCCCCAUGCGCUUUUUUUUUUUUUAUGACCGUAUAUCUUAUUUCUUCCUUUUCUUGAUUUUUUUUCCUUUCCAACCCAACUGGGUUUUCUGCCCCUCUUGCUCGCUUGUGUUCCAUGUUGCUAGUUUUUAUGUUCGCAUGCUCAUUAUCACCCUUUUUUGUACUUCAAAUCCCAGCAGCUGCCCAGCCAGGUCCCCGAGCACAGCCCUGUGGCGUUCGGGGCCAUGGAGAGCUCUCACCUCGCUGCCAGCACCCCCAUCGCUGUGACAAGCGACCUGAAGCAAGGUGGGUGGACGGAUCUCUUUGUCCCAGUUUUGAGAAGUGCUCUCCCUCUCUCUGUGAGGAGCCUCGAGAGCUGGUGAAUCUGUGAGCCUGAACACUGAAUCAUUUCUGACCUUGUGGAAAGCACCGCGUUUCAGCUUCCCAUCUGCAAGUUGGUGGUGAUGAUAACAUUGACCCACCUUGCUGGUUUCUGUAGCGCUUUCACAAGCAGCCUGUUGGGCAAAAACACAUGAAGUUAACAAGUUUUCUGAAUUUUGGCCAAGGCAGACUAGGGGGGAAAUGUGUCAUCGGUGUCAAUCACCGAUAGGAGCACAACAUCUGGAAGGCACCAGGUUGGCAAAGGCAGUCUCAAGCUAGUGCUUAAAUGAGCUGUAAAUUCUUUGUGACAAGGAAGCCCCUUCUUUGGCACCCUAGAGCCAUCAGUUACCCCCCGCAGCUUGACUGCUGGCCCGUUGGGCAGCUCCUUUCACACUUGCUCCCCACUGAAUGCUCAAUAGAACCAAGUGCUUCUUUGCUGCCAACACCUCCGCAGGGGUGGUUGACAUAGGUGGCUGCAGCAGCGAGCGGUUGUGGUCACAGUUCUGGCCAGUUCUGUUGUGACCCAGCACAGCCACUCUGAACCUGGAAGGAGGGCAGCAACUGCCAGCUUGGAGGGGCUGCCCAGUUGCUGCUCUGCUGAGUGCUUAGAGGGACCCAGCUGCACUCCUUAGGGUUCUCCAUUGGGGAGGGAGGCAGGUGUAGCUGAGGUUGUUGGUAUUCUGUGGGGUGGCUGAUGGAGAAGACAUUGGGGGAAUGAUACAUUUUAGGGGCAUUGUUGGCAGGGUUCUGAGUCACUGCAGCUGCUAUGACUCUCUUGGCCAAGUAGGAAGGAGUCUGGUUUGGGGGGGGGGAUGUUUGUAGGACUGCCUGGGCUGACAGGCAUUCAUGGUUGUUGCUCUUAAUUUAAUAAUGAUGGUGUUAAUUUAAUAUUCGUUUCGCUGUUUAUAAUUAUGCAUGGGUGGGCUGUCGCUUGUUCUCUUUCUGGUUGUUAUAAAAACAUUGCAACAGUAAAUGCUCUUAAAAUACACGUCUUUACUUCUGUUUUUGCAAUAUAACUUAGAAUAUAUCUAAGAGCCUUGUUGAGACUUGAUGUAUCCAUGAAACAGUCUGUGCUUGUAGAUGUCAAGAUUAGAAAUUAAACCUGGUCUUUGAACACCUUGCACAUUUCUUGAGUCCCCCCAGCUGUACAAUGGGGCUUUGGGUUGUAACUCCUUCUGGCAUAUGCAGGGUCACCUUGGGGUAAGACUCUGGGCAGGGGGUGGAGCAGGUAACGGUGACUGGGCAAUUUUUAGUCUUUAUUUCUUAAAUACAUAACCCAUCUGGUGCCCCAGGCAGUUAAAAUUGGAUAAUAAUAAUAAUAAUGGCAAUAAACAAGGCAGGUAAAAUCACUUCUAUAGAAUUAAUUAAAUACCACUGGCACUAGAAUAAAUUUAAACAAUUUAUAGGUACUGGGGUCAAACACCUGUCAGGAUAAAAAUGCACAGGUGCAUCUCACAUUACGUCGGGGUUAUGAUCCUGGCUGUCACGUGCAAAGGCAAAAGCAUGUAAAACUAGAACAGCCUCUGGAAUGGUCCUGCAAGACCAUCCCUACCUGUCCAAAGGCAGUGCUGAGCAGGCCUUGCCCCUGCCCCUCCAUGUAAGACACCUCAUCAUUCUCACUAAGCUGUAUAAAGGUCUCGCAAGGGUGCUCAUGAGAUCUUGGACAAGGCUUCCAGGGGUUUUUUCUUGCUCUUCUGGCCCUUUUUAUUUUUAAAAAAAUUCAGUGAUCCAUGUAAGGUAUGAUCAAGAAAGUGAAAUCAGCCUAAGGUGCGAUCUACCUGUAUUUUCUUGCUGGCAGAAGGGAUUAUAUAGACUCCCCUUGAUAUGGGAGCUCUAGACAUUGGGAGCAGACGCUGAAGGGGCUCCCCAAUUAGGAGCCCACCAAAUGUCCUUUGGGUGUUCACAGGACAAAAAGAAGAGCCCCUCUGGAAAAUCUUGACGUCCAGACCUCAUGUGAGAGACUGUAGUUACUGGGAGUGAGCCACAUUCUGCUUUAUGUCUGGCCAAAGGCAAAAAAUAAAAAAAUGAAGAUGUUGCAUUCAGUCAGUUCAUGAUAGCUGAUCUGAAAGUCAGAGGCUGGCUGCAAAAGCUUUGAGAAAAUGGCAGCCAGAAGAUUUCUCAGCCUUGCGACUCCCACAAAACUAGUCCUCUUCUUUCCUAGUGGUGCUUCAGUGCCCUUGAACCAAUCCCCUCAGUUGCUGCCAUUGUCUUUGGUGACCCUAUAGCAGAGGUGGCCUUCCAGUGUUCAGUCCCUUAUUUACUGACUUGUGCAAGACAGUUGGGUUUCAGAUAUUAGUGGCAAAACCUUUUUUGUAAAUAGCGACUGGCCCUCUUGACUGUGAGUUUAGAAAGGCACCAAGAGUCCAAAGGGGGAAGUUCAGUUGGUCCCUUGACAGUAGUGACAGGAGACACCAGGCUCAGCCUAGCUUGUGGGGGUUGGGGGCGAUGCAUGCGCUCCACUCGUUGCAUUGGCUGCUGAAUUGGGCUUGCAUCCCAAGAUUCCCAUUGUACAUCUUGCAUCUCCACCCCUCAUGCACAUAACAAGACUCUUUAGGGUAAAAAACGAAUGCUGUGGGGCGGAGGGAGCUCCAACAUAGUUCUCAGGACUUGAGACAUUGUCUUUUGAUUUAUCCUGUAAAUGCACAUCCAUGUUGUUAAUCAGCGUCUUCGAAGCAACCUUGGCAAAGAAAUCCACAAAAGGGCCCGUAGUUCACUUUUUUCACAGCUACACUGCUUGCGCAUGGGAGCCCUUUGUGGCUCCAAAAAGUCCCCUCCUCUGUGAGGAGGUGGUUCUUAGUGCCAAGGCAAGUGGCCCUUGAAGCCAAACUGCCCUAUUAGGAACCACCAAAGAGAACAGCUAGGGUUUGGGGGCUCAGACUCCUUUUGUAUUGCCGAAUGGGUGGCAAGCAAACUUGACAGAAAAGAGCAGCACAUUGCUUGCUUAAUCCCCAUUUCUUCCUUCAGUAACCUCUGGGCUGAGAAUUGAGGACUCUGGGCAGGGAGGUGUGGGGGGGUUUCUGCAGUUCCUCUUGGAAAGUGGGAGUGCGUAGAUAAUUGAUGCAAAUUCAUUCUGAUCUGACGAGUUAAAUGGCCCUUUCUAACUCUUCCAUUUUUUCCCCCCAGAAGAGAAGCCUAAAGCAGAUCCAGUAUUAAAAUCUCCUUCCCCUGCCCUCAGACCAGAGCCUAGUGGAGAGAGGAAAGAUCAAAUGGGCCUGACAGCAGAGACCCCGACCACCUCCUCCUCCGAGACCUCAACAGAGCUUCCUCUCACGGCUUUGCCCUCCCCUGCGGUGGUCAUUGCUGCCGCCACCACUCCUCUGCCUCCUAAAUCAACGUUUGCACCAGACUCAGAGGAUGGAUGUGAACUUGCUUCCUCAAAACAGGAAGCCGCACCUCUUCACAGUGCUGCGCCCUGCAUGGAAGUGCCCGUCUGCCCCCCAACAGAUGACGCCAGCGCGGAUAUAGGCAGGGAGCCCCCUAGAAUAGUCCCCAACGACCUCCAAGUGACUGCUAGUACUAAUCUAAUUACUGAACUGAACGGAGUUAGUGAAAGGGUCACAGUGACUGAUGGCAUCUUGGAACCAGAUCAACCAGAGGCAGCUGGACCCUUGGCUGUGGAUCUGGAGAGCCCAGAGGCACCUCUGGACGAGGCAGAAAGUGUGCCACUUCCAGCUUCCGUCGCUCUUCCUGCUGUUCCGUCUCUGCCUCCAUCUCCUCCUCCCAGCCCUCCUCCCGUUUCUGCCGCUGCUACUGUUAGAGCGACGAGCCCUCUUCCUCCGCCACCAUCUGCUUCUCCUCUCCCACUACCUGGUGCCCUCCCUGCCCUUCAGGGGGAUUUAGAAGGAGAGGAGGCCACAAGAACUACCCUUGGCGAAGACACCCAGGAAAAUCUGGAGAAAGAAGAGGUGGAGGUAGACGGACAACCGGAGGACAAUGCAGACUCUCAGGGCUUGAAUUCAAAGAAGGGCCCCGGAGCAGGUGAGUAUCCUCACAGGGGGUCACAAUGGUCUCUCCCAACUCCUUAAAAGUCUGUGGUACAGUUUAUUCAGAGCCUGGACAGCUUUGCGGGGUUGCGGGGGGGGGGGGGAGGGAGGUUGGCUGCACAGGGGAAAUAGGAUCAGUUGCCUCAACUCCAUGUGUGAGUGUGUGCUUUCUCCUGUUUGGUUGCAACUUGGAAAAGGAUCUAGAGAUGUGUAUUUCAGAGGGCAGCUAAGUAGGCCCAGAGGAGGCCGGGUGGGUGGGAAAUUUGCCCAGUUCCUUAGAUUUUUUUCAAAUCCUGAAGGGGAGACAGGGACUGAUGGGGACAGGGUAGGCUUGUUUCCUUCCCCACAAUGAACAGGGCUUCUAUGGUAUGAUGAGCAAAAGCGAGAAACAGCCUGUGAAAGUGGUUUGUUUUUAUGCUUCCUGCUUUAUCUAGCAGAAAGCAGGCAGAACAACCAUUUAGGGAGAGCUGCAUUGGUGGGUGGGUGGCAGACUUGGGAUGGUUCAAAUGCUUGGCAUUUUGCUGCUUCUCUCUCUCUCUCGUAAAAAAAUAAUUCACAAAACCCACCUUCUUUUCUGGCUCAGAAUCACUUCCCAUAUUACUCAUUUUUAAGUUAUUUUUAUCCUACAUCUUUAGGAUUGGGCUUUUUACCUUUGCACUGUUCCCUUUCCUUUUACAUAAAAAGAAACCCAAGCAGUCCCCCAAGUUGCUCCCAAAUGAUUUGUGAGAUUACUUGCCAACACCUCUUUAAUGUUAAAAGUUUCACUGUGUCUCUGAGAAAUAUGUAUGGUAUUUGAAUUGCAUUUCUUAUCAAAGAGAUCAUCGCCCAAGUUUGAGGUAGUUUUCUUUUAAUUUUCUCUAGUUGCACAGCUUUGCCAAAAUAAUUUCUCUUUUCCUUCCUUCUUCCGCCCCAUAGAAGCCAAUUAUGGGAUGUUGGUGGCUUGUGAGGAUUUGAGGAAAGUCAGCCAGCAGCAGCAGCAGCAUAUGGGGUGUGGAGUUUAGAUGGGAACUAGGAAAAGCCCCUCUUUUUUUCUUGUGUCAGUGUAGCACCUGCUUCUUCCUGCUUCUCACCAAUAUUUUGUGUGAGUUGGAAGCUGCCUCUCCAGGGUGCUGGGGUGCCUUAGAAGGUGUGCUUGGAUUGUUGUCCUUUCAGACUUGGGCCCUUCACAAGCACGUCUCUUAAUCACUCUCUUGAUCUGGGGAAGAUUGCAAAGCUUUCCCUCUCAUCUGUGUUGCAGCUCCCUGUGUGGGCAUGCGCUGAAGUGGUGGAAAGUAGGGAAGCCAGCUUCUGUAGUGCUGCAAAGGACUUGGUUUGGCAGUGGAGCCUCCUUGCCAGCAGAGAUGCUGACAGCACCAGGACAUGACUUGGGGGUCUCUGAAAUGGCUCUUCGCACCCAACUGCCAUUGUCUGAAUGCUGAUGCCAUUCCUUCCUCCUCUGCAAACAUGGGGGCUGCUGCCACCACAGACGGAAGUAGAUGGUAGCUCCUCCCCCCUCUCACCCAGUGCCAUGGGGUGCCUCAUGUGGGCAUGGCCUGGACUUGCACACACCCCUCCCAGGGUUCCUCCUGAGCCUUGCCUGACAGGGCAGUAUGUCAUAGUCUUCUGCCAUCGCAUUAUGACAUGGCAACAGGGCUAUGCUCCGGUCAAGCCUUAAGUUUCAUCCCUCGGACCUCCCUGCGAUCCUUUCGUCCUUGGUCAUUGGUGGCCAGUGCUAGUGGAAAGGGAGGCCGUGGGCUGCUUUGUGGGGUAGCCACAGAAUUUGCAGUUCCUGUCCUGGUGGGAGAAUCCCAGGUAUGUGCUUAAGACAGUUCACCACUAGCAUUUCUAAGCAGUGGCGUUUGUCUUCUGGGCAUCUCCCUAGGUGGGAGGAAGCACUGGGUUCAUUACUGAACUCUGCAGUUAACUUGAAGGGGACUCUGGGGGGAGUGGGGAGAGAGAAAUCACUUAAGAGGGCAUUAUGGCCAUCAAUUGUUAAAAAGAGAAGCAUCUGGGAAUGUUUUAAUAACCGUGACUCCAGGCGUAUGAAUGGCUGUUCUGCAGUUCUAAUGACUUCUACUUAGGCUGGCUCUGAAUUGCUAAAGUCCAGAAUAUCUUGGGUUGGUCUGUCAGGUGCAGCUGAGAAGCAUCGCAUCCUGUGUUGCUUUAUUAGUCCUCAUUGCCUUUAUUUACGGGCGUUCAAAGAAGCCGCCGCACAAGGAGGCUCCUCUCCACUAUCCUCUGUUUCUAUCAUGCUUAAAUAUUGCAAUUAGAAGGAAGGAGGGAGGUUUAGGGUAAUUAAGCCUAUUACAAUUUAAUGCACAGACGGGGGGUAACUUUUGCUUUGUGGCUUGUUUUGAGGAGUAGGUGAAAAGUUGCCUGUUGCACAGUUAUGCAGGUCAUUUGUGUGUCCACCAGUAACUAGUUUCUGUGGAAAGCCCUGACCAUUUUCUGAACUGGGGGAAGUGAGUUUGAGCCCAUUGUGGCUGCAGCAGGGCAGGGUGUGGGGAGCACAUUUCGCACCAGCCUCCAGAGGUAGUAGGUGGUGAGCUCUUUGUAGAUAGUUUUUUUUUUUCUACUGAGAUGGGCCUGACUGAUUUCACCAGCUGAAAUGCUGCACUCAUUCCUGGAAGGAUAAGACCACCAAUAGGACACAGUGGCUAUGUGCUUCCUUCCAGAUCAGAGGCCUCUUGCUUCUGAAUACCAGUGGGUAGAACAGGCCACCAAAAAUCUCUGUGGUUUUCUGCGAGUAGACCAGGAACCCCCAUGCAUUUCAGUCGGUAGACCUGGCUUCUGAGAAUCCCCAUCCUCACUAAAUAGCAAUCGCUGGGGAAGAACAGCAGGACUGAGGGUUAAGUUCUUUUCCUUGGGUCAAAGCUGGCCAGGCUCUUUGUCCCCUCGUGCUUUGUCACAGCUCUCUGGGUCCACCGUCUCUUCCAAGCUGAUGCUGUUAACAAGCUGCUAACCCUUUGGCACAUUUUAAGGUGCUUAGACCUAUUUCUGCUCUUGUUGGCAACAGAAACAAUAUUAAGCAAAGAAGAAUCUGCACUCAUGGUUCUCCAAAGCCACCUCUCUAUAUAGGCCCUGUUGGUGUUUGCCCUCUGGUGUUGGAGGUGUAGAACUGCACUGUGGCUGUGUUUUGACUUGGUGUGGGUGUGCAUGAGAGAAAGAGAUAAUUGGGAUGGGGGAAUCUGAUCUUGCAGGUUGGAAGCACAAUGAAUCAUCUUUUCAAGGGGCAUUUAACAUUACACUGCAAAAAUCAGUUGCUCUCAGUGUUUCAUUUACAAAGUCUCAGCCAAGAGUCAUACAAGAGGACUUACAUAGGCCGCUUUGUGUCCCCACUGCACCCCACAGCUGCCUAUUGCUGUGUCUUGCCUUGGACCAAGGAAGAGGCAACAGGGCCAGGGCCAGGGCCACGCUUCCGUAAAUUGUCAGGAAGUCAGAGGAACUUCAGUGAGGGGCAGAAGUGUCACCUCUUGGUUAAUUUGCACCUCUAGAAUCUCUUGAAUUGUUUUCCUAAUGUCAGCUGUCAAUGUGACCCCUUUCCCCUUGUCUUCAGGUUGUUUCUGUGAGGCUGAGGCAAGUUUCUCCCCUCCCCAUAGUUUUAAGUUUACUGGAAAAAGGGAGCCCGUGCUCAAGGCUGUUCUGUUCCAAGCAGGCUCCGGAUUUGACAAAUAACCUGUCCAACUUUAUCUUGUAGCCCAAACAGCUGCAACUGCACCAAAGAUGUGGAACAAACCAAAAGAGCGGAGCCAGGCCGCCGAGGAGGGGGUGGAGGCCGAACCCGAGGUAAGGCGGGCAGGAGGGCGGAGAGGUGGGGUGCUCAGGAGCCAUCGUGCUGCCAAGUUUCAAGGGAUUCUCUGGCCCUAGAGGUGAACCUACUAAGCCAGGGGCCCCAGAAGUUUGCCUAGUUUCUGAUUUUGAGUGACUGCCCUUGUAGAGAGGGAUAAGUUGAGGAAAAUGUUAAGAGUGCGACAACCUUCAUCAGACUCCUCUCCAGACUCCCAUUAGCCAGCUAGGACUGGCAGUCCAGGAAAUCCAGAAGGCACCAGGUUGGCAGAGGCUGCAGUAUUGUUUGCUAGUGGAGCUUUUAAUCAGUUCUGAUGGGGAAGUGUUGAUUUGGUGGGGGGGGGGUGUCAAUUGAAAAACAAAAUCAUUUUAAAAAAAUCAUUUGGGCUGUUCUGGACGCUUUACAGCAACAGAGCAGUGUCAGUACUUUGGAAACUAUUCCAAAAUGAUAGAAACUGGAGAAUGCCUGGUGUGUUUUUUCAAAAAAAAAUCCAUAAUCUCUGUUUGGCCAGUAUUUCCCUUUUUCAGACUGAGAGCCUUUCUCCCUCAUGGGCAGCCUUCCAAGGGCCAGUGGAGGGCAGGGCCAGGGGCAUAAAAAAGAAGGCAGGGCAGUAGAUGCAACUCCCACCCUUUGUACAGUCAUGCAGGGUUCUACAUGCCACUCUAUCUAGGCAAGUGAGAAGUAUUCUCACAGCUCCAACCAGGUGUGCAGCAGCAGAGCUAAGGAAAGGGGCAUUUCCUUGGAAGAGUCCCAAGGACCAGUGAGAGGAGUCUGGAGGGCCACAUGCGACUUCCAGUCCUUAGAUUAGAGGCAGUGGAGCUUUGUCUGUUGAGUGCUUGGCGGAGAGUAGGGCGCUGAUUUGGGGCUUGCUUGUUGUUUCAGCCUAAAGCAGAAGUGGAACCUGGAGGUGACAGGAUACUUGAAUCUGAACAAGAGGCAAUGAGCCAGAAGACUUGCCCUAGGAGGGACUCCCACUCUGACCUUAAGGUAGCGAAAGCUGCGGAGGAGAAUGGUGAGCAGGAAGGGGAGCCCAUUCGCAACGGUGCUGAGAACAUCUCCGAGGGGGAAGGAGGUGAGGGGAAUUCAGGCUGCGCAGAGAGUCCCAGUGAAACCCCGGCCUGCCAGUAUAAGCCAGGUAAGUCCCAGUCACCAUCUGCUCAUCUUACCCUAGAAGUUGUGGCAUCCUCAGCAGUGUUGCCUUUCCGUGGCAUGGGCUGUUACUCCUCUGCCUCUUUGGGGGAAACAGCAUUUCUCUUAGCAAAGGGGUAAGAGAAAGCAAUGGGAAAGGGGCCCUAGUUACCUGCUUUGCAUGCAGAAGGCCCCAGCUUCAGCCCUCGGCAGCAUCUCCAGGGCAAGAAGAACUGCUGACAGUCAGUGUAGAUGAUACUGAGCUAGAUCAACAGAGUAAGGCAGCUUGCUUUGUUCCUGUGUAACCAGGAAAAUGUUGAGCAAGCUGACAGAGAGAGAGAGGGGGAGAGAGAGAGAGAGGGAGGGAGCCUUCCUAGGAGAGGGCUUGGUGUGGUGUAAGAUGCAGCUUCUGGACUAAGAGGGUGAUUCUUUGAUUCAAAUCUCCAGGCCACCUCCGGAGUUUAAGGGCUGCUUCAUGCAGUUGGCAGGCAUUGUACACAUGAGCCGGAAAUGGACAGUUGGCUAUGACUUGCCAGUAUUUUGAAAGAAGUAGCUGGCUGCAGGUGGAGUGAGCCCCUUGUGAGGUGGCUUCUGGAGAAGAAGGCAUCACGCCAUGUCAAUGCUUUUCCUGCCUGGAAACCUGCCUUUGCUGCUUGGUUCCCUGAGAUUCUGACUCUGAAUCUGUGUGGAUUCAGCAGGGCACGUGGUGGAGCCCACGCUGGCACCUCCAGGGCCCUAGCUGGCAGCCGUCACUGCACUUACGCCUCCCGACUCCCUUCCAGGCCUUUUAAUUUUUCAUGUGGUGCCAGAGCUCUCGUUUCCAGGAUGUCAAACUUGUGGCUCCAGAUGUUUGCCUCCCUUUAAAGAGCACUUCAUUGGUGGUUAAUUCCUGAAAAUGACCCUUUGAAAGACUGAAACAUAUAAAUUCUUUAUAGAAUAUCUGCUGGGCCUAGACUACCGUCUUCUCUACAAAUCUCUGCUGCGUUGCCCCUCUGUGUGAUAAAAGUGACCACCUGUAGCUCUUUGGGCAACCUAUGCUCCCUGAGCCUCCAGGUGCAUCUGCACAGAGCAGAGUGCACAACUGUCCCUCUGCUGCAUGCUCUGCUGCUGCUUGUACUGUGCUUCCCAAGGGUUCUUUAGAACAAAGCUACAAAACCUGUGGACGGCUGUCCCGGUGCUGUCCUGCUCCUGCUUCUUCCCCUUCAGCAUCAAACCCUUCUUUUUUUCCUUCUGUGCAAAGAGAUGCGGGGUGGGGGGGUGUCCCUCAGUCAAGAAAGGGCUCAAGCAAGGCUCCAUGUGACCAAAUGGAUGCAAAGCCAGACCUCCACAAUCAGAGUGCAACAUUCUUUUUCCACGGAGCCAUGCACUCAUUCCCUCGACCAUUUCGUGACUUCCCCACAAAAUGGGGACAGGGUGAGGCAAAGGAGAAAGACCCCCAUGACCACAAUUCUAAUUGGAGCAAGGGGGCCUUGGUGGGAAAACAUGGCGCAAUGAAUUGCCCCAUCCUGAGGCUGGUGGUGUCAUUACAGAGCAGUGGAAGCCCCAGGACUCCGAAGGGAAGAAGCAGUACGACCGGGAGUUCCUCUUAGACUUCCAGUUCAUGCCUGCCUGCAUCCAGAAGCCAGAGGGGCUGCCGCCCAUCAGCGAUGUGGUCCUUGACAAGGUAUGGGGCUAGUAUGUAGGCAGAGGAAGUGAGUUUGUGGUGGCGGCUGAAGGUCGAGAGAAAGGCAUGCCUAGUGUUUUAAACUGAGAACUUGGAUUUUGCAACAUUUUGAAGACCUGGUCCGAAUUAAUAAGGCACAAGAGGAGAUGCUGCCACUGGACUGGGUUUAAAACUAGAUGAUAUGUAUGCAGCUUCCCCAAAACAUUCUUCUAGCCCCAGGAAGCAGAAAACCCCCAGUUCCCUUCCCCUGAGCUGCCUCUCUGUCAACAGACAUGAAGAAGCUUUGCUUUCUGGUGGUGGGGUAGUUAGAUGGCCUUGAACUGCCAGGCCUCAGUUUGCUCAGCUUUAGCAGGCACCCCCCUCAGAGGUUAAGUAAGAAGAGAAAUGGAGCUUGAUGGGCAGGAUGAGUCAUUGGCUGUGCGUUUUGUUUUCAGCUGUAGCUCUUGAGGCUACUUGGGAGUAUCUACCAAAUGCUGCUGUCUGUGCAGACGGUUGCUGCAUGGCUACCCGUAACUUUACAUUUUUCUACUAAUACAGAUCAAUCAGCCAAAACUGCCUCUUCGAACUUUGGAUCCUCGGAUAUUGGCACGGGGUCCAGAUUUCACACCAGCAUUUGCUGAUUUCGGAAGACAAAUCCCUGGAGGGCGGGGCACACCUGUAAGUGUCAGAGUUACGUCCACAGUUAGAAAUGACCUUUUGCCUUUUGCCUCCAGAAUCUGGAGCAGCUCCCAGUUUGGGAGCUCUUCUGCAGUCACGUUUUCUCAGUUUUCUCUCUUUCCUUCCUCCUCUUCCCUUUUCCUCCUCCCUCCGCUGGUCUGUGCCUUUCCUCAUUCUGUCUUCCUUCCCAUCCCUUACUUUGUUCUCGCAUCUUUCUAUCACCUGUAAGGCUCCUCCCGUGCUUCCUUUACUCUAUUUGACUGGAAAAUAGUGUUUUCCCCUCUGAAGGAGUCAAUUGGUUCUGUUGACACAGGUGGGCAGGAACAUGGCCACCAGCUUAGUAUUCUGCUGAGGUUCUGCUUCUUGAGCUCCUUUGGUUUCUGUAUAGUGGGGGCCUGGAAAUGGGGAGGGGGAGGCCAAGCAGGGACGAUAUGGGGCUGGGGGGGGGGGGGAGAAGAAGAAAAAGAAGAGGAGAAAUCUUCUUAAAAUAAUCAUGGGGAGUCAGGUGAAAGAAGUUCUUUGCAAGUGGCACCUGCUUCUUGGCUUGCAGAAUAGCCAUCCAGUUAAUGGGUUUUUAAUGGGAAAUGACAAAAAAUGGGGGGGGGGGGUUGGAGUUAAAUUUAAGCUAAAGACCUACCUUCUGAAGUUGUGAUGCCCAUCUGCUGUAACAGACACCUACUUGGGCAUGUCAGGUCUUUCUGUGUCAGCCUGUGGAUAAUACCUUCCUCCCCCCCACCCCUUUCUUUCUUUUUACAGGCCUGCAAAGUGCAGCCCCCACCUGGACUCCAGCCCCUUGCUCGGUGUGGGCCCCCAGCAUGCCCUUUGUUGGUCUCAUCUCACCCACAGCUGAGGAACCUGACCAUAGGGGUAAGCCAUCCUGCCCCCACCCCCAGUUUCCUCCCUCACUGUGAGCGUCUUUUUGCAAAGCCUUCUCCUCUGCCCUCCUGUCUUCAGAGGAGCUAGCAAACAACCCCACAGAGCACAAGCCUGUAAUGGAAAUGGCACCAGCCUUGCCUUGUACUCUUCUCUAGGCUGCCGUCUCUUCAGUGGUGGGUGGGACAGCACCAGCAGAGGGCAUACUGGGACUUUGGCCUGAGCUGGAUCUGCCCUAGGGCUGCUCUUCGCAGUCCUGUGUAGAGGGGGAGACCAGGUAAGUCCUGCUUGGCCUGUCUUCGUUUUUCUUUUGGCUUGGAGCAUUUAGCAGCUCGUGGAUGCUCCAUCUCAGCCUUGCUGAAUGGCAGCUUUCCCCCCCUUCUGCAUUUUGGAAAGUAACAGCUUUUCACUAACCUUGGUACCUGGUGGCACAGUUAAUCGGGUAACAAGUUUAAAAAAAUGCAUCUUAUUUUCAAAAAGGACUUGGGUGAGGUGAAGUAGAAAUAGGUACAAAUAGCUUAAGAAAAAUAGCCAGCUGCUGUGCUGUAAAAGCCACCCCAGAUGCACCAGGAAGAAGGCCUUAAUCUAACUCAGUGGCUCAGUUUUCUAACGCUAGAAAAGAAUGCAAGGGACAUUAUGUUACAGAAGGUGCCGGAGAUAGAGGAUUGAAUUAUUGUUGAUUGUGGUGCUGAUAGGUGAAUGCUGGCUGAGGGCUACCAUGAAAUGGCAGCCCUUACGUCUGACUGCAAAAUAUUAAACAUUCUUGGGUGGUGUUUGGGAAUGUGUGGUUGGGAGCAGUGGUUGGGAGUGAGAGGUAUGGGGAGGGGGCAGGGGGACAGAAGCGAAGAUCUUGUGUCUGCAUCAGACCUGAUGUGGCCGGCAUCGUGAACUUCACAAGUUUGUAACAGCUCCUUUGCUGCUUAUUCCUGCCCGGACUGGGAAAUGAUUUUGCUCUGCUUUGUGUUGAGCAGAGACUCCUGCUGGGGGAUGUCCGUGAAAUACUUUUUGAAGUGCCAAAAUAAAGGUAUCCUGCUGCCUGUUAGGGUAUCCCAUAAUGAUCACUGCUUCCCCCAAGAUUUGUAGAAAGGGACCUACAGUAGCAGGUGCUACAGCUCAAGCUGCUGGUGUAGAAUUUAAGCACAUAGAGCAGCUCCUUGCUGCAUUUUGGAUGUCAAGGGCUGGAUUCUCAAAGGAGUUGAUGUGGUGCUGGUGCCUGCAUGCAAGCCUUAAUUAGUGCAGAACAUGUGUGAAUGGUGAAACCUCAGGAGGAGCGAGCUGGUGGUUUGCUGCUCUGUCCCACCAGUCAGGCUUCUUGUUGGCACUGUCUCCUCAGCAGCACCAUGGGCCGGUUGGAGCUGCGUCUGGAUCACACUGGCCUGUGUACUCUGGUGUGCCUCUCAGGCAAAGUCCUGAUUAUUUGCUUGGAUAUGGACCUCAUGUUGCAGGAUUGGGGCUGUUGUGCUCACUUGCCAGACAGCAGGGGGAAGUGUGUUCUCCAGCACCUUUUAAAAAACCCAAAAAAACCCCCCACUCUUUCUCUUUCUUCCUCCUCCUACCUUGCCCUUCUUAUACGUUUGGUUCUCUUGUACCUCAGAAGGUGCAGUAUCCUGAAAACUUGGGGUUGUUUAUCACAGCCACAGUGAAACAUGGUCAGGAAGGCUCAGCCUCAGGUAGCAAAGGAGGGGCUGCUUUUUGUGUGGCAGGGACUGCUUGCCAGCAGCAUUCCGUCUUGGUUCAUAUUCUCUCUGUGGGAAAGGUCUGUAACUCCAUGCUUCAGUCCUCAGUGGCAUCUCCAGGUAGAGCUGAGAGAGUUUCCCUGUCUGAAACCCUGAAGAUGGACUUUGUAUAAGGCAGUUUGCUACAUUCCUAUAUUCACCUGCAUAAAUUCCCAAGUAGAUUGUAGUGUUGGCAGAGCAGGGUUGCUUUGUUGCUGGAUGUCCUGUAUGUGCUGUUUGAGCCUCUUUGUGUUAAAAGGGACUUAACAUUCAAGGGACUGGUUUUUCUCUUAGCUGUUAAACGUUGGACAGCGGAGAUCUCAGCCAGGCCAGAGGCGGGAGCCCAGGAAGAUCAUCACGGUUUGUGUCAAAGAGGAUGUACACCUGAAGAAAGCUGAGAAUGCCUGGAAGCCGAGUCUGAAGCGUGAGACGCAAGCGGAAGACUCUGAGAGCAUCAAAACCCAGGUGAGGCAAGAACAUGAGCCUCCUGGCUGGGCUGCGGAGGGGCUGGCCCUACUCCCCACUUUAACACCCACCCUUAGCUGUAGCGUGAUUUGCAUGGCUAAGAACAGGGUGGUCCAACGUGCAGCCCAAAGGAAUAUGGAAACAUUUGACACCCCCACCUCCCCACCCCUUGUGCUGCCUUCCCAAGCUGAGCAAGUGAUGUGCUGGGCUGGGGGAGGGAGGUGCUCUAACAGGGUCCUAGAGUUCUGUCACCUUCUUCCCAAAGCCUGGUUAGUGCUUUCCUGCUUUGGAAGGGGGUGGGAGGGACUCACUUACCCGGCUAUGGGAAGGCAGCACAAAUUUUGGCCUCGCUCCUCCCCCCCCCAAACACACGGGUUCCUUGUUGAAAUACGAUUGCGGCCCACUUGAUAUGAAAAGUUGGACCUCCCUGGCUUAAAAGGACAAGUGAGGAUACCAGACAACCUACUACCUCUCUGGCAGGUGUAUUUUCUCUGUGUUAUCUACUUGACUGUUUCUGCCUUUCCUUGGGGGAGGAAAGAAGGGGGAUCCCACAGAGGACAGACUUCCUGUGUGGAAUAUAUUUGCAUUCUGAUCUGCCACUGUACAAAGCUUUUGCUGCUCUGGAGUCUGGUUGUUUCAACCUGGCUGUGUCUGAACUUCCCUGUCUGCCUGUCUUCCCCUUUCCUCCUGGAGUUGCUAUGAACAUGGGUGGAGCUGUUCAAGCUGACAUGGGAUGGUUUGGGCAUACGGCGCAAUGAAGCGUCCAUGCCUGGGUACUGAAAGCAGCUGUCUUGGGCCGUUGCUCUCCUAGGCCUUUGGCCUCAUUUGAGUUUUGCACCUUAACACCUGCAUUUUCCCUUCAGGAGCUAUUCCGCAAGGUCCGAAGCAUCUUGAAUAAGUUGACACCACAGAUGUUCAAUCAACUGAUGAAGCAAGUGACUGAUCUAACUGUGGACACGGAAGAGAGGUUGAAAGGCGUCAUCGACCUUGUGUUCGAAAAAGCCAUUGAUGAACCCAGCUUCUCUGUGGCCUAUGCAAACAUGUGCAGGUGUCUCGUCACGGUAAGUGUGGUGUGGGAAAUUGGAAGAGGAAAAUACCUAGUGGGAGCGGGGGAAUGGCAGAGCUCCUUCUUAACAUGCAGGAAAGCCCAGAUUUGAUCCCUGCCAUCUGCUGUUAAAAGGAUGAUUUGAAAAGGACCUUAUUGGCCUGAGUCUCAGGAGAUACCGUAUUUUUCGCUCGAUAACACGCACCUGACCAUAACACGCACAUAGUUUUUAGAGGAGGAAAACAAGAAAAAAAAAUUCUGAAUGAAACAGUGGAUGUAUCAUUUUUGUGCUUCAUGCUGUGGCCACAGACAUGUGAUUUGACGGUGAGUUUGGGGUAGCCCAAUGCAAAGAUCCUGAGAAUCCAUGUGGAUCUGUGCUUUGUUACCACGUUUUUGCACCAUUGCAGCCCCAGGCAACAGUGGGUGCGUGAUUUUUUUGGUGCAGGCUGUAGCCAUGGACAUGCUAUGUGAUCUGAUGGUGAAUUUGGGGUGACCCUAUGCAAAGAUCCUGAGGAUCCAUGUGGAUCCGUGCUUUGUAACCACAUUUUUGCACCAUUGCAGCCCUGUUUUUGCAUCAGAUCAUUGCUAUGUGAUCUGAUGGUGAAUUUGGGGUGACCCAAUGCAAAGAUCCUGAGGAUCCAUGUGGAUCCGUGCUUUGUAACCACGUUUUUGCACCACUGCAGCCCUGUUUUUGCAUCAGAUCAUUGCUAUGUGAUCUGAUGGUGAAUUUGGGGUGCCCCAAUGCAAAGAUCCUGAGGAUCCAUGUGGAUCCGUGCUUUGUAACCACGUUUUAAGUGGGGAGGGAAGGAAAAACAUAGAAGGGACAAGGAGCACCGAGAGGGGUGUGCGGAGAAGCAGCUGGCUAAGAAUGCAGGAGAGGUGUUUUACCGGAGGGAGGAAAGGAAGGCAAAAGUUCCCCCCACACACCCACCCAAGCCAGCCAGCUCUCUCUCUCUCCCCCCCCCCCCCCCGCAUGUUGCAGCACCGGAGCACGGAGAGGAAUUAGAAGGAAGGACUGUCUGCUUUCCCCUCUGCUUGCCUGGAGGGGAGGGGGUUUUCUCUGCUCUUUGUUCCGUUUGAGCAAACACAGUAACAAACAGAAGCGGGUGGGCAGUAAGACCCUGAGGCAGAAUGCAGGAAAGCAGCAGCUUCCUCUUUUCAAGGCUUCCUUCUCCGGACGAUUGAUAUUUGUCUGAUUUUUGCCUUCACUCGCGCCUGUCGGCUCCAGGGACCACACAUUCGCUCAAUAACACGCGCAGACAUUUCCCCUUACUUUUUAGGAGAAAAAAUCUGCGUGUUAUAGAGGGAAAAAUACGGUACUCUGCCAUUCAGGGUAGACAAUACUGGGCUGAAUUGACAAAGAGUUUGCUCUGGUCUGUUAUCUGCUGCCUUUUAGACACCAGAAUGAAAAGGGGUUUAUGGGGAGGUUGUCCUGAAGAUGCUUAUCUGAACCAGGCUCAUGCAGGCAAAUAAUAAUAGUACCUUUCCAUAAUAGUUCACCUUUGAUAUUAAAAGUUUAUAUAUAUUAUGUAUAUGUAUAUAUUACUGUGUUGUUUUCAAUAUGAAUGCUGUGAGCCAGUCUGUUUGCUCUAAUAUGUUUUUAUGAAUAAUGGCCCGUAAAUAUUUUUAUAAAUAAAAUGAUAAAAUGCUGGUUAGGAAUGCAGCAAGUGAUGAGAGUGCCCUGUUUUGCAUGUGUUGUGCUCACCGUCCUCCUCCUUGGCCCUUUUGACACGUGCUGCACACAGCUGAAGGUGCCCAUGGCGGAUAAGCCCGGGAGCUUUGUCAACUUCCGGAAGCUACUCCUGAAUCGUUGCCAGAAGGAAUUUGAAAAGGACAAAGCUGAUGACGAUGUCUUUGAGAAGAAGCAGAAGGAGCUGGAAGCUUCCACAACGGUGAGUGUCUGCAGAGCACCCUCUGUGCGCUCCCAGGAGCAGGGGGCCCAAGACAUGGGAGUCCUGUGGUGUUGCUGGCCUGGGAAGCGAGGCCAUGGGCUUGUGGUGUGGCAGGCAGCCCUUUCUCACCACCCCUUCCUUCUCUGCCCCUCAGCCAGAGGAGAGGACGCGGCUCCACGAUGAACUGGAAGAAGCCAAGGACAAGGCCCGGCGGCGCUCCAUUGGCAACAUAAAGUUCAUUGGGGAGCUCUUCAAGCUGAAGAUGCUGACAGAGGCCAUCAUGCACGACUGUGUGGUGAAGCUGCUGAAGAACCACGACGAGGAGUCCCUUGAGUGCCUCUGCCGCCUCUUGACUACCAUUGGCAAAGACUUGGACUUUGAGAAAGCCAAGGUUAGAAGAACCUGGCACCCACACGAAGACCCUUGGUGGCUGUAGCCUUUUCUGUGGGCUGCUUAGUGGCGCUCGUGCUUUCCCCUAGAAGAUGGGGCAGUAGGGUUGCUUUGCCCCUUGUGUCAUCAGGGAAGAGUGAACACCCAAAUCCAUCUUCUUUGGUUCUGAAAAGAACUUAAGUGUUCAGAAAAGCUAGAUCCAUACCCCUUACUGGCCCUUCUUCAUACCCGCCAGGAGUGGAUGGAAUGUGAAAGGGGCGGGUGGGUGACUUUUAUGUAUUUCUACGUAGAAACCUCUUUACUUUUGCCUGGCUGGGAUUAGCCCCUGUCCAAAGGUAAGAGUCACCCUCAUUUCUCCAGGCCCUGAAUGGUUUCCCAGGAGAGGCUGGAAAGGAUCCCCUUCCCCAUCCCCCGCUGUAAGGCAGUUUUUCAUGUUCCUAUGAAAUAUGGUGAGAGCAUCUGUGUUUCCUCUAGCCUCGAAUGGACCAGUAUUUCAAUCAAAUGGAAAAGAUAGUCAAAGAGAGGAAAACCUCUUCCAGAAUACGAUUCAUGCUUCAAGAUGUCAUAGACCUCAGGCAGGUACGUGUCCAGCAAGGGAAGCAGAUGAGUAAUUGUCCACAAGAGAAAAGGGGUACUGCCCUCACCUGGCUCUUAGUCUUACCUUGAGAGGGUAGUUCUUGGUUUUUUAAAGGGCUGCCAGAGACCAUCUUUUGAUGAUGGGCAGUGGAGCUGCUGUCUCCUGCAUCAUGGGCUUCUGUCAUGGGGUAGCUGUGGUUUUACAAUCGACUUGUGUCACGCUUGUGGAAGGAGCUUGCGAGCAGUUUUCCCCUCAGUAGAAUAUCCCGCUUCCUCUGUCUGCAUCAACCACAACUACCCCACAGUGUGCAGGGGAGAAAGAAGGCCUCAUCCGUCCUUUCUUUCCUGUCUUCCACAGUGUAACUGGGUCUCACGGAGGGCAGAUCAAGGCCCCAAGACGAUAGAGCAGAUCCAUAAAGAAGCAAAAAUUGAAGAACAGGAGGAGCAGCGGAAAGUCCAGCAACUAAUGACCAAAGAGAAGAGGAGGCCUGGUAAGUUCCCAGAGUUCCCAUCUGAUGCUUGACCAGGAGGAGAGAGGAACAAGGGUCCAUGUCAUGAGAAUUGCCUCCGGUGUCUAGAUUAUAGAGCGCCCUGUCCAGGUUGAAUAUCUCUUUCUGCCCAUAUGCCUCAAUAUAUAUUGUUAAGCAUAUUGGGGAGCAACCUCCAGCCAUUUGUUCUACUAGCGUGUGCAUGGACCAUUGCACAGAAUAGGCAAAUGGUGAAACUGCACAGAUAAUUUUUUAAAAAACCUGCCACACAAUUGCUUAGGCAGAAAUGCAAAUUGAAAUGCACUCUUCAGCUAGAUGCGACAGAGGAAACAUAGCAGCCUUAUUCCCAUAGGCUCUCAAGCUUCGCUUUACACAUACAACUCAUCCCAGACCACUUUAGCUACCAUAUCAGGGAUUAUAAAAAGUAACCUGUUUGUUUGUUUUGUUUGCAGGUGUUCAGAGGGUAGAGGAGGGUGGCUGGAACACGGUGCAGGGGGCGAAAAAUACCCGUGUGCUGGACCCCACCAAGUUCCUUAAAAUCACCAAGGUUUGUAUGGAGGAAGAAUCUCUUUCUGAGAGGAAUCCUGAGAGACCAACUCCCCUUUGGUUGGUCAUCUUCCACAUUCCCAGUCCUCAACAUCAGCCCUCCCAGAUGUUUUGGAUUGCAGUUCCCACAGGCUCCAGCUUCAUACACCUACAGUAGCUGGUGCCAGUGGGAACUGUAGUUCAAAAUGCCUGGAGUGUGCCUGGUUGGGGAAUCUUGGUUUUUUUGCUGCCCUGCCCUCCAAGGAAGCUGUUUGUCUAUCUGUGCAUCUAGGCAUUUUGAACUGGGAAGUGGGAGAGAGGGUGGCAGUGAGCCGGAGGGUGGGAGGAUUUCCUUCUGUGAAACAGGAUUGGGUGGGGCGGUUCCAAUCCCCAGCAGGCUCUCCCUGAUUUGUGCUCCUGUCUGUGUGUCUUUCAGCCCACAAUAGAUGAGAAGAUCCAGCUUGUGCCUAAAGCCCAGUUGGGCAGCUGGGGAAAAGGCAGCAGUGGGGGAGCCAAGGCCAGUGAGAUUGGUGAGUGUGGAGGCCCCCCCACCCUGCAUUUUGCUCUGUGCACCCUGAAAAGUGCUGGCUGUUGCUGUUCCUCGUCAAAUACAUCUCCUUGUCAUUUCUCCUUUUUUGGAAUUCCCAGUCUUGGCCUACUUCCUGUUAUGAAUGGGCUGUGCAAACUCCAUAUUCAGUGCUAGCCCUCCUCUUGGUACACCCACUAAAGUUAAAUGGUUACAACUAUCUUAGGUUCAUUAAAUUCAGUGGAUUUACUUUGGGAAGGACUUAGCCUGAUAUAACUCCCAUGUUCUACUACUUCUUUUUCUUAAACAUUCAAAUAUUUCACCAAAGUAAUUGAAUUGGUAGAUCAAACCAGCGCUUGAUCCGUUUCCGACUGUAGUGCUGCAGCAGUCUGUAGACAACACACUAUAGUACUACAGUCGGAAACCGAUGAAGAGCUAAGAAUAGCAUGAUUAAGUUAGCUAGAGAGUCUCCUGAAAGAGCCGGUUUUUGCUUGGCUCCGGAAAGAGCUCAGUGUGGGAGCUUGGCAAAUAUCUUUGGGGAGUCCACCACAGUGCUGACGUCUCUACUGCAAAGACUCUGCCCUGAUUGGAUGAUUGCUGAGUUUCACUCAGUAUCAAUGCCUGGAACAAGAAAUCAGAGCAAAUUAUCAUAGCAUCCAUGACAGAUGGCCUUCCAACCUUUGCUUAAAAACCUCCACUGAAGGAGAGUCCAGAACCUCCCAAGGGAGUCUGUUCCACUGUCGAACAGCUCUAACUGUCAGAGGUUUUUCCUGGUGUUUAGUCAGAAUCUCCUUUCUUGUCAUUUGGAAUCCAUUGGUUUGGGUCCUGUCCUUCGGAUCCAGCAGAAAACAAGCUGAAUCCAACUUCCAUUUGACUGCCCUUCAGAUAUUUAAAGAUAGCUAUCUCCUCUCAAUCUCUUCCAGGCUAAACAUACUCAACUGUUCCUCAUAAGGCUUGGUUUCUAGGGAAGGAUUUGGUCCUUAGGAGACACCCAAGCCAGUUAAGGCUUUAAAGGGUUUCUUGUAUCUGUAGGUGACCCAUCUCUCUGCAAAAACCCUCUGCCCUGAAGGUUGAGAGAGAUCAUCAAGGCAUCCACUUGACACAGUUAAACUUGCGCUAGGUUUAAGAGCUUCUCGGCCUCUGGCUGAUGGGUUUCCUGGAGCCCUUGAGGCAGCUGUUACUCUCCCCAACAUCCUCUUGCAGAUUCCUUACGACCAAGUGCCACUAGUUUGAACCGAUUCUCUGCACUGCAGCCUCCCGCAUCAUCUGUGUCUGCCUCAGCCACAUCCGCAGAGUUGGACUCUCGCAGGGCCUUAACUAGGUAAGUCUCAGGCCACCCACGGGUGCUUCUCUCCCACUUCAUUUAGUAGUAGUAGUAGUAGUAGUAGUAGUAGUAGUAAUUGCCUUGAAUGAAGUGUUCUAUGUGAUUAAGCUGACUUCUGUCCACGUAAUGAAAUGUGGGGGGAAAGCAGAGAUUUAAUUGCCUCUCCGAUAAAACUCUUCUGCUUUUAGCGCUUGAUGUCUGUGUUUACUAUCACUUGAAAGCUAAUUGGCACAUAGCCGAGUUGGGGGUUAAUUUCUUUUCAAGCAGUGAGUGAGUAAGGAAUUUUCCUGAGAAAUGUCUUUGCUCCCACAGUCGGGGGAGCACAGGCAGGGAGAAGAACGACAAGCUGCUCCCCUCUCCAGCCUCACGACCCAACACCUUCUUGCGGGUCAGCAGCAGCAAGGAGCAGCUCUUGGACAACCAGGCUCAGGAAGAACAGCGGCGGGAGAUGCUGGAGACUGUGAAGCAGCUGACAGGGGGGCUGGAGAGCGACUGGAACAGCACAGAGGCAGAGAGGAGCAAGGCCAAGGAAACUGGUGAGCUUUUCCUCUUCCUCCUCCAAGUUGGGGCUUCUGAACUCUGGGCUGUACUUCCUGCUGGAUGAGCAGAAACAUUUUGUGACUGAUUUGGUUGGUGCUAAUUUAUGUCCUGCAGGGACGCGGGUGGCGCUGUGGGUAAAACCUCAGCGCCUAGGACUUGCCGAUCGCAUGGUCGGCGGUUCGAAUCCCCGCGGCGGGGUGCGCUCCCGUUGCUCGGUCCCAGCGCCUGCCAACCUAGCAGUUCGAAAGCACCCCCGGGUGCAAGUAGAUAAAUAGGGACCGCUUACUAGCGGGAAGGUAAACGGCGUUUCCGUGUGCGGCUCUGGCUCGCCAGAGCAGCUUCGUCACACUGGCCACAUGACCCGGAAGUGUCUGCGGACAGCGCUGGCUCCCGGCCUCUAGAGUGAGAUGAGCACACAACCCUAGAGUCUGUCAAGACUGGCCCGUACGGGCAGGGGUACCUUUACCUUUACCUUUAAUUUAUGUCCAUUCCCUCUUGAGCUCAUAGCAUUAUUUCAUCCACGUUCAUUUGUUGCCCCUUCUGAGUCAAAAUGGUGGUGAUCUAAAGCGAGGUAUUCUGUGCAGAUCUCUCUCUGGGAUGAAUUACACCACAAAUCCUAGAGUGUGUAGCUGCAUGUAGGACUUACGAAGAAUGGCAGGACACAACCUAAGGACUUGUCUGUAAUGACAAUGGCAUUGUGCAUGGGAAAAAUGCCUCUCUGGCAUUGCAUUGAAGUAAGCCUUCUACAUUUCCUGCCUCUUUCUCUCCCUCUCCCCUUACCCAUUCAACUGCCUUAACAGCCAAGCCUGAAAUUUCCACAUCCCCAGCCCAAGAAAAACCUGCAUUGUCAGAAGAGGAAAUAGAGAGAAAGUGCAAAUCGAUCAUUGACGAGUUCCUGCACAUAAACGAUUAUAAGGUAAGGAGAGCAGUGGCCCAUCGUGGCGUGCAUUGAAGUUUUAUCUUGGGGCGGAGGGCUUAAGCGUUUAAAAGCCACCCUUUCCGAGGUCUGGCUUUGUGGCCGCUGAUCUUACAAUAUCAGUGCAGAGAGCAAGAAGGACCUUUAUUAAGGUCAGCUGAGGAGCUUUGCACAAGGAAAGUCUCUUAGCCCACGGACUACAGAGAAACCUCCUUUUGUAUUGUCUGGACAGGAAGCGAUGCAGUGCGUGGAGGAGCUGAGCAUACCGGGAGUGCUGCCUAUGUUUGUGCAGGUGGGCGUGGAGUCAACCCUGGAGCGGAGUCAGAUCACCAGAGACCACAUGGGCCAGUUGCUGUAUCAGCUGGUGCAGUCGGAGAAGCUCAGCAAGCAGGACUUUUUCAAGGGGUUGGUAGUCUGCCAGGGAAGGAAGCAAGAUCUCUGGGUAUUUUUUCUUUCUUUCAUGGGUGCUCACUACAAACAGUUACAUUUGGGCUGGAUGCAGAGAGUGACCAGCUGCCUCCCAGAUGGAUUGUGCCUUGAGCAACUCUGCUUCCCUCCUUAGGUUUGCAGACACCUUAGAGACGGCAGACGACAUGGCCAUCGAUAUACCCCACAUAUGGUUAUACCUGGCUGAGUUGGUGACGCCUAUGUUGAAAGAAGGAGGAAUCUCUAUGAGAGAACUUCUGACGUAAGCUGCACUCUUUCUCCGUUAGCCUUGGGGUGAUGCUUGCACCGGCUGCCCUUGGAACUCCUUGCAUAGAUAAGGUCAAGCUAGCCACAGUCAACCACAGUGACCUAUGCGAGACCUGUUGCUUGCUACAAACUGUAUUGUUAUUGCCUUGGGGCAGUGAAUUUCCACACCCCGGUUAAGCCAGAUUUAAACCCCUCAUGGGCCUAAUUUGUCACGUGUACAGGGCCCACCAGUUAAAAUGACGUCAGGCAAUGUUUCUUUUUGAAGGCACACUCCCAGAUCACGAAGGGAUUUGCACAGACCUCAGCUAAAACAGGGGCUUUCACAGAGAUUUCAGUGUAAACCCAUCAUGAGUCUGGAGCAAGGUGUGCUUCAGCUGUUGGACAGUGGGAACAUGCCUUACCUCCAGCAAAGGAACGCUUAAGAGCUCAUUUUAAGCCACACUAGCCCUGGUCCCACACCUGAUGUCUCAUAUGAUGGCAGGUGGGUGCAGUUUACCAGAAACAGUCUGGCAGGCUAAAUAAGGUUUCCCAGCAGGCCAGAGGCUUGCCACCCCUGCCUUAAGGGCUGAACCAGCAGAGGGUGGCAACUCCCCAAAUAUCCUGCCUGUCAAACCUUGUCUGCUGUGGUCUCCCUCCAGCUCCAGAAUAGAGUUGCUUCUGUGGUCGAAGAUUGAAGUAGAACUUAGUGAAGGCCAGAGCCCUCACCCCCCUUCAUGGUGGCCUUUCACCAUGUGCUAGUUGCCUGUCAGGUGGCAAAGCUUACACUGCUCUCUUGCUCUCUCCUAUUGCAGAGAAUUUAGCAAACCCUUGCUCCCUGUGGGAAGAGCCGGCAUCUUGCUUUCCGAAAUAUUGCACCUUCUAUGCAAACAAAUGGUAAGUGUUCUAGGUCACUUGCAGAUCUGGAUGUGUGUGUGCAAAGGGAAUCUGUAGUGUAUUGAAAAAUGUCAAGAAGCCUGCCCAAGACUCCCAAGUCAGUGAGUUGCAUUCACCUUUUGCCUGAAAAGGCUUUGAAGCUGCCUUUAGUUGAUCAGGAGCAGGAAUCACAAAGGACAGCCUCAUUCUGAAGAUGCUUCGAAUUCAGAGAUGUUCCCGGUUGCUGUCCCAACCUGAGCAGGCCCCUACCCUAGAAAGGGUGGCACUUUCUUGGCCCCACUGAUUGCUGAAUCCCGUUGACCCCACAGCAGCAUUGGAUUGAACCCUCCUGUUGGAAAAGAACAUCCUAAAGUUGGGAUAUUGAAUGUGAUACUUUGCACUCACCCAGGUUUCCCCCUCACCCCCGAAAAAGAACUGUCAUGGUGGGGUUGGAGGUUGCGUUGAACACCGUGGCUGUUUUGGGCCUCGCUGCUCUCCUUUCUUGAUUUUUCAAAUUCCUUCUGUGUUCUAGAGCCAUAAGAAAGUGGCAGCCUUAUGGAGGGAGGCUGGCCUCAGUUGGAAAGACUUCUUACCUGAAGAGGAAGAUGUCCACACCUUUCUCAUGGAGCAGGUGAGUUGGGAGCCAGAGCAGGGUCACUCUGACCUUUUGGUCACUCUGUUCACUUCUGAUAGGGGGAGGAGGUUUGACUAGAUGCUAUGUUGUCCCUUCUGACCCUUGAGAUGGGACCAGCCUCCACUGCAAAAGGUCUUUAACCCUUUGGAAGAAUAGAUGGUUAAACCCCACUUCAGGGUGUUCACUGGUGUGGGCGGGGAACCCUGCAUGUCAUGCCAAACUAAAGCCAUUCUCUUUUCUCUUGUAACACUGCAGAAGUUGGACUUCACAGAGACUGAUAGUUCCAGUUCCUCAGAAGCACUUUCAAAGAAGGAGCUCUCUGCUGAAGAGUUGAACAAACAGCUGGAGAAACUCAUUAUCGAGGACAAGGCGAAUGAUGAGCAGAUCUUUGAUUGGGUAGAGGUACAAAGCCCAAGUCCAUCUAUGCCCGUACACUAAUAAGUUAAGAGUUAUUUGAACCCAUCUGUUACAGUUCCUGGAGCCUGGGCUCUUGGAAAGAGCAGCUCUCAGGAGUGCGCUCUUGGUUCUUACAGAAUCACGGGGUUGGGAGCAUUUCACCACAGCCCUCACCUGUCUCCACGCUGCUUUCCUGACCCUCACUUUCAGCAGAGUCUGGUUUCGCCCCUGGGGAUUGCUGCUUGUCACCAGAACACAAUUUUGCUCGCCUAGAGGGCUGCAUUGUAGGGCUAGAGAGAAAUUAUUGCUUUUACAGAUGCCAGAGGGUUUUGAUCUGUAGCACUGAGUUCCAUCCUAGAAUGCCUUUUUUAUGUGACUCUCCAGCAACAGACUGUUUUUCCUGCUGAAUAAAUAACACCGUAGAAGGCAGAAUUGGGGGAGAGAAUAUAAGCCAUUUUCCUGCUCCCAGGAGCACUUUGGGGUGAGCUGAUCUAGUAGGAAGCACUUUAAUGAGUGAGCUUAUAAGAUUCCUUCAUCAGCGAGUUCUUCAGACGAGGUGCUGUGAUGCAACUCGUGGGCUUUUUUGACUUCUGCAAAUACUCUUGAUUUCAGGCUAAUCUAGACGAGAGCCAGAUGAGUUCACCUACAUUCCUUAGAGCUUUAAUGACAGCAGUUUGUAAAGCCGCUAUUAUAGGUGAGUAAUGUUCAUCCAGAAGUUUUAGACAUGAAGCCAUCAAUAUCUUUCCUCUGUUUUGCAUGGAAUUUGAAUUCUUCGCCACAAUCUCUUUUUAAGCCUGCGCUCUGCAUGAAAUGUCCCACUGAUGAGACACAGAUAAUGAGCGACCAGAACAGGUCAUGUUAAUGUGUCUUCCAUCCCAGGGAUUUCUGGGAUUCUCCAGAUCCGUUUUUUCUGUGAAUCCAAUCCAUAUCAUUUGGAAGCAUACUAUGGUUGGAAGAAGAGAAAUUACCUACCUUAUUACCGUUUCCACCAGUUGUUUUAUAUCCUGAGUUGUUCCAUUAGAAAACAUCAAGUGAUAACUGUUCCAAUGGCAGUUCUUCAUUUUGAGGGUGUGUGUAAGGAGAUCUUUGAAUUCUAGCCAGCAGUGGCCCCCAUGGAUUUGGGGCAGGGGUGCCAGUGAGAGUGUUGCCUUUUUGCCUUCCAGUUUCUGUGCAUUAAACCUUUUUGUGCUUUUGUAGUGUAGCUGAAUGGGGAUUUAGUUGGCUAAAGUCCAUACUUGUGGCCACUUCAGAAGUUCAGUAAAACUGUGAGGGGAGAGGAGAACAUUAACACACCAGCUAAUGAGUCCCUGCAUAUAGAAAACAAGUGUGUCAGGUUUCUGUCCUGACAUGCUAGCUUUCUGUGUGCAGAGAUAUUGGGGGGAGGGAUAUGGAAGAGCAUUCCACAAUGUGAACCCCAUUCCUGUAGUGUGAAGGGGUACCGCCCAGUGAGAGUCAAGCCUAAAUAUUUUUAGAUCCCAGAUACAGGUAGUGAUGUAUUCCAUCUUUUAUAUUUUUGGUACCUAAAAUUGCAGGAGGUAGGAUGAAGUGACACAGCCUCUUUCUUUCAAAGCUUCUAAUUUUUGGAAGAUGAGCUGGUGAAAUAAACCUUUCCAAUUGCAUAAGCAGUCCAGACGUUGAAGAAUGUUUAAUUUCUGCUGCUGCUAUCCCUUUUGCCUUGAAUUGAGAUUUGUCUGUGAAGACAGAGGAUAAGAGUUGCCUGCCUGCCUUCCUCCUUCCUGGCCAGCUUUUAACCAAAUGCUGACGUUGAAUCUCUUCUCUUUUCUAGUGGACAGUUCUAGCUUGCGAGUGGACACUGCUGUUAUCAAGCAGAGAGUGCCGAUCUUACUUAAGUACCUAGACGCGGACACAGAGAAGGAACUACAAGCACUUUACGCACUACAAGCAUCAAUAGUAAAACUUGAUCAACCUCCGAGUAAGUGUACUCAGGGUCAGGGUGGUCUUUGGGCCUUGGUCCGUUGAAUUGGGCUUGUGUAAAAUAGGACGGAACAUGAUGUGCUGUCACUGGCUGUAGGGCCGUUUGCUGGUACCCCAAAGCCAAUUUAUACUAGAUUUUCUUGGGGUGCAUCAUUUUGCUUUUGUUCAGGAUUAAUAAGGGCCACAGAAAAUCCUCCUGAGUUUGAAUGUGGCUCCCAGUCAGCAACCAAAAAAGGCAGCCCUCUGUUUCCAGUUUCUCUGUUUCCAGUCCUAUUACCCUUGUCAUUCCAGAGAAAUGGAGGAAAUGUCAAGUACCGUAUUUUUCGCACCAUAGGGCGCACCGGACCAUAGGGCGCACCCAGUUUUUAGGGGGGGAAAUCAAGGAAAAAAAUAUUUUCCCCCCCCCAGCCCCAAAGAGCAGUGUACAGGCUGCACACAACCUCUCCCUGCCAGAGGGGUUGUGAGCAGCUAUGGAAGAAGGCAAGGCAGCAAGCGGGAUGGAUCCCGCUCGCUGUUUUGGCUUCCCCUUUAGCCCCGUGCAGCCUCUCCUUGCCGGGAGAGGCUGCGUGGGGCUAAAGAAGCUAUAGCCCCGUGCAGCCUCUCCUUGCUGAGGGGUUGCGCGCAGCUAUGGAAGAAGGCAAGGCAGCGAGCGGGAUGGAUCCCGCUCGCUGUUUUGGCUUUCCCUUUAGCCCCGUGCAGCCUCUCCUUGCCGGAGGGGUUGCAUGCGGCUAUGGCACAAGCCUGCAUUCGCUCUAUAGGAUGCACACACAUUUCCCCUCAAUUUUUGGAGAGGAAAAACUGCGUCCAAUAGAGCGAAAAAUGCGGUAUAUAGCAAUUUCUCCUCAGUUUUAUAUCAUCCACAUAUUAUUUAUUUAUCUAUCUAUCUGAAAGUUUUUUGCAGUGUUGGGAGCCUGGAUUCUAAACCUGCCCUGAUGCAGGAUGUUCCUUCAGCUUAGCCACACCAUCUGAACAAAAACCUACCCACUGUGGAGCCCUAGGAAGGCCUCUCACCUGGGAGAGCCCUCUGAGCUCUGAAGAGCAAUGAUAUUUGUGUUUCAUUGGCUCCCUGAUUGAGGAAGGACUAAAAGGGGUCAGACGGAGUAAAUUUAUAAAAUAUAAGUGGAGGGUUGGGUUGAAGGCUCAGCACACUGCAAUUCACAUUUUGAACUGAGCUUGCUAGCCAGUCGUGUCUGCUUUGGUUGCUGUCCAGGGGGGAGUGUUCACCUCUUCCUUUCCUUCCCCCACAGAUUUGUUACGGAUGUUUUUUGAUUGCCUGUAUGAUGAGGAGGUGAUAUCAGAGGAUGCCUUCUACAAGUGGGAAAGCAGCAAAGACCCUGCGGAACAGAACGGGAAAGGCGUAGCAUUAAAAUCGGUCACGGCAUUCUUCACGUGGCUACGAGAAGCCGAAGAGGAGUCGGAGGAUAAUUGA